AGAGACAAAAAAAAACUCCUCCGUUUCAGCGGUCAGUUUACUUUUAGCGUCGAUCGUGCGUCGACAGGAAUCACUUAUAAGUACGUGGUUGUCAAGGAAGAAAAACCUUACUACGAGUAUCUGACAGAGUUUGAACCAAGAGUGCGGAAUGGAAUAGUAGAUCGAUUCUUGCGGAUUCCAGACAAGUAUUUAAAACCUGGUGGUAAGAAUAUCCCUAUAUUUUAACUUGCCGGAUAUGACUCGGUAAUUGUGAAAGCAGUUUGAUUAUUUUUGUAAUACCAACAUGGUGAAUGGAAAAAAUAACGAAAGCACGAAUGACAUGAAUGUGGUGAUUAUGGAUUGCAUUCUUGUUUCGAUAGCAACACUUUAUUUUAGGUGUCCUAAAACAGUUUUUAGCGACUAUACCGUUAUUUUUAAAUCGCCUAAAAAAUGAUAUUUUACUUGGCCGAUCACCAUAAAAUUUCCACUACCAACUAUCUGACUUUGGGCAAAGGAGAUUUUUUUUAAAAUAUUUUUUUUACAGCUAUUGAAAAUAUAAGGUUCUGGAUUUAUUUGAGUUUAACGUACGGAAUUUUUGCUUCUCAAGUAGGUUAUUUGCCAAACACCACACUUUAAGUUCCUGAUGUUAGAUUUUCAAUGCCAGGUCUAAUUUUACUGAUUUCAAAGUUUUUUUCUUUGUCGUUGUCAUGGUAAUAUGACUGUAUUGAUUUUUCUGAGAAAGCACAUUGUGACAAACUUUAUUCCAAGGUCAGGGUGGGUCAGCGGUCGGCAAGCAAGAGGAACGCCUUUUAAAGGUCAAAUGAACCAAAAAAUUGAAAUAUUUUCUUUUGUCGCUUUACCUUCACCAAACACUAAAAAGAAACAUCCUAAGUGAGAUUUGGGUAAAGAUCUUUCUUCCCAAGCCUUUAUAGAAAGAUAAAAGAUCAAAAUCCGAGCAUUUCCGAAGACCUCACGAAAACGUUUCUGAAAUGGCCGCGUGAUAGACUGGAGACUACGUGACGUCAAUGUUGGUCUUUUAGGGCGGAAAAACGUUCUGCGCAAGCUUCUGCGCAUCCCUUAUCGCCGAUAGGUUUAUGGCCGCACAAACCACCACGCCAAGUCGACUCGAAAAACUCUGUUUUGAAUUUCCCACUUUUUUUCACCUGACCAACAUUGACGUCACAAACUGUUUUUACCGACAAUUUUUCCGACCGCUCUACGAAGAUAAGGGCCAAAAAAUAACAAUUUUUAAUUACGAAUAUCUCGGAGAUGCUUGCUUCAAUUGAGCUGAAACUUCAUAGUAUGUUUAUUCGGUUCAUAUUAAACAUAUUUCACUACAAGUGAACUAAAAUAAAAAAUGUCGAAUUUUUGGUUCAUUUGACCUUUAUGCUGUUCGUCCCAAUUCAUGAUUUUUUCGCCUUUUUUUCUGUCAUAUUUUGUCUUCUCGUUUUUUUAAAAUAUUUUUUAUAAUGGCUGUGUACGGUACACGUGAGGAGCUUGAUACGUUAUUGCUAUCGCGGGAAAAUUGAACCAAUAGCCCACGUUCGAUAUAUUAAAAUUCUAGCAUGACUCCGAGGCUUUCUGGUCAUUUUUUCUAUGUAUUUGGUUUGGUUUACUUUGUGCUCAAGUCUCUUUUAAGAACUGCGAGACAAUGGAGUCUUGAAAAAUUUGCAAUUUUGACCCUAAAGCCUCGGAGUCAUGUUAGAAUUUUAAUGUAUUGAACGUGGGCUAUUGAGAGCUCGUUGAACUUCAAUGGCGCUGAGUUAAGGAAACUGCUGAAACGAGAGGACAAACUAGAGAAGACCGUGAAAGCUCUCAAUUGAGCUGGAACCUGAGCUCUCAAAUCUCGGCUUAAUUCAGUAACACCAAAGUAAAAGAAAACACAGUUCUGUUGGACGAUCAAGAACAAUACAUGCGUCGCGACUGUGUGGAAACAGAAGCAUAUAACCCCGAAACGUCUAAAUUCCCCUUAUCUUUUUAGAACCAUGCUCGGGUUUUUUAGUCGACGCAGCCGUCCAAUCAGAAGUACGGAAAAUUAUUUUGCCCAAAUAUGGAAUCAGAGAAUUCAAGCUUCGAGCUUGCAACGCUUAUACAUGUACGUCUACAAGCCUGUCUACAACCGAAAGAAAUCGUUUCGUGGCAUAAAAGAUAAAGUAAUUAUGCUGCUAUAAAAUGUAACCCUGGGAAAACAUAAAGAGCUACAAAGUUAUAAGCGGUAUGGCUUGAAAACAUCAACCAGCGACGAAAUAAGACAAGGAUGUUUAGUAAAGAAGUGCUAUAGCGUUUCGGAGAGCGGCUUUAGUCGUUUUACGCAAACGUCGGAGAAACUGGCUGUUUCUAGUAGGAGUCCGAUGAUCGACGUUUGCUAUCUACCUCGGCAAACCAGUUAUCUGCACCUUCUGUUCUCAUUCAGCAAAACCAGCAUGGUGACUACAAACAAAAUGGCAAGCUUCGCAGAAACGUUGUACAAGGCGCCGACGAAGUCGGAACGGAAUCUUUUUUAUGUGUGUAGAUUUUUUAAUUCAUUCAGAACAGUAAGCCAACACAUGUAUGGCAGUUUUGAUUAGACAUGUGACAUGUAAAAGUUUUUUUUUUUCUUUUUGGGGACAAAGAAAAGUCUUAAGCUGCGAAAUUUACCUUCGAGGACUUCGACCUUGUUUCUUUCACGGAGGAGCGCUUGUCCUUUUCUGAACUGCGACCAAGUCAGCAACCGUUUAUCAGAAUUUUCAGGUGAAUUUACAUUUUACACAUUAUGCUCGAGGAAAGUACAAUGAUGAAAGGAAAUUUAUGUGUUUAUAAAUGUUUCAUAGACGUUUUAUAUAUUUGUGAUAGAGUUUUCAAGAAAAUUGGGAAAUGCGCCCGAUCUGAGACAGAUAAUUUUAGUGUUAAUUUUUGCCAUGUGCUCAGCCGAUUUUACUUGUGGAAACGGAUCCUGACGAUCCAGUCAGUGUUACGUGAAUUGCUUUUAACGGUAAACUUAUGGGUUUUGGAAUAAAAAUUUUCAAGAAACAGUUUGUCUGUUUAUUGUUUUCUGUUUGUUCAUUCAUAACAUUAGUCUAAAACAUGAUCGUCGCAUCUAGUCUUUAAUAUUAACUUGUGUUUCAUCCUUCUUAUUCAGUGUCUUAUUAAUCGCAUCACUUCUGCGAAGAUGUCAGGGAAUUUUAUACAAUUUAUACUUUCCAGUUCAGCAACUAGUGAAUUUUUUUUUGAAAACAUGUGUUACUUGUUUAAAUAUUCUAGAUAGAUAGAUAGUAACUGAUUUUUUAAAGGUUUUUUUGCGCUAAUGGUCAGGCAAAAAUCGUCAGUUGAAGUAACAACUUUAAGAAAUCGCUUCUCUUACGGGGCAUGUCAUUGGUAGUCGACUUUUUCUUGUUAAGAGGAACUAACUCAUUCUUGGUCGAUUUGGGGAUUAAUAGUGUAUUCCGUUUUUUGUCAAAUAUUACCUCGUAAAACAGUAAAUGCUUUUCACACCGCAUUAAUUACAUCACGAUACAAAUUUUCCUUUAGAGCACUCGCACGACAAUCUCGUUUAUCAGUAAUUCCAUAUUAGGAAGUAAAUUUUUAUUGGUUCCCUAAAAAACCCGAGCAUUGAGACAAAGUUAUACGCUUCGGGGUUAUAUGCUUCUGGUGGAAAUCAAAGGUAUACCUGUCACUCAUGGUGAAGAUACAAGUCGCCCGUUGUGGUUCGAGUGGCUGACCUAUAUAGCUACUUGACGUCGACGUAGGCUUUGGUAUUAUCUCCGUUAACCACAGGCUACCUUCGAUACCUCCCUGGACAGACUCGAACGGCACUGUGCUUUCGCAGCUUCCAGUUGGAGACGGAUCACAAGCCACUAGAGCAAAUCUAUCUGCGAACUUCGAAACUUUGCGCCGGAAUUGAGAGAUUGGUCUUACUCUUAAGGCUACAAGGGUACGAUUUGGAGUAGCGUACGUCCCAGGGAAGAGAAGUACAUAGCCGUUGUCCUGUUUAAACUCCUUGGAUCAAGCGAACCACGGAGAAAUUAAAGAGGCUUCUUAUGAUGACGAGAUUAAUUGACCCUGGUAAAGAAAUGCGUGAGAACGUGGAACUGGGAUCAGUGUACACUUCCGUCGUAUGCAUAGGUCGAGAGCGAAUUAUGCGUCUAUGGCAGCUUUUGCUUUGUGGCACAAGGAUUGUGGUUCCCAGGCUUUUGCGCGUCAGGGUGGUGAAACUAGCACACGAAGGGCACAAGUGCAAAGUCGAACGAAGUAUCGGCUCCCUAGUAAAGGUUGGUGGCCGGAAAUGAACAGGGACGAUAAGAAGUUUUGUAGAGGUUUUCGUGGCGAUUCAUUUUCGAUUCUUAGAGGUUGAUACUAUGAUGUCUAAGGAAAGUGCCAAGGUCAUCGAAGCAUUUGCACCCAUGUUUACCAGUUUCGGCUUUUCAUUCUCUUAAUGUCAGAUAAUGGCCUCCAGUUCGUAUCUUAAGAGUUUGAAGCCGUUUUACGUACGAAUGGUAUUGGACCCCCGGGAACGUAUCUCGUGAAAACUCCCGACUUUAAUAUGGGCAUUACCCCGAAAGUUAAGAUACCGGAGUCGGAAGGAUUGUUCGGAGGUCGUCCCGGACUGUAAGACAGCCUGCGCGUUAUGAAGAUUUUGUUCUGAUGUCUAGCACUUCUUCUUUUUUUGUCUAGCUAAAAUCAAAAACUUUGAUUUGUUGAACAUUAGUCUUUGAAGUCGUUAAAAAUAAAAACUGCCUUCUUGCUAAAUUGAACCAAUGGAGGGAAUCUAAUGUAUAAGAUGCUAAUGCGUGCACGUAGCUUAAACGUAACCGCGGUGUACUUCAUUCUAAAAUUUCUGAAUCUAAUAAAAUGGGGAUAUAUUGUGUUAUUAAACUUUGAUCCUUAAAGUGUAACGCGUUCGUAGGUUUAUGUUAAGACAUGCACACUGUCAACUUGCUAGAGGAUUUUAAUGUUUAAAAACAUGGUAGCUUGUCCAGUCGCUGUUGUUAUCUCUCUUCUUCAAUACUCAUGAUCAGAGAAUCCUGCCUUUUUUCAUUAUUCCGUAAGCGGAAACGUUUCCCUUUUUCUUUUCAAAGUCCUUAAUCGCUCUUUCUGUCUUCCGCCUCUUGCACUUAACUUGAAAGGUCGCUGUUUUCUGCACUCUUUGUUGCCAAGGAUGAAAUAGGCCCUUUUAUUCUCCACAUUCGAGCGACUCCCCGUACGGGACACGGUUAAUCGUACACGUAGCAGCCAUACUGCUCACUAGAAGACAGUUUUUUUUGACUUCCGCAAUAACAAACUCUAAACUAUUGAUCCCUAAAGGCUCUCAAUUCCCAACUUUACAAGGGUUUUACUUUUAGUAUUUAACGAUAUUAUUUUUGGCAACUUAUUUUUAUCACUUUUUGUCGUCACCAAUUUGUAUUUUUAAUCUUUGAUGGCAUGGACCGGUGCUCAUUCUCUCUUGACGGCAAAAACUACUUCGCCGGUCGAUUAUGUAUGAAAGGGUAAAAGCUACAAUGGCGCCUUUCAUAAGUGACAAAUUGCAAAAUGAUGUAUUUUGCUCAUGGCUGGAAGAAUUCUUUUGUCAUUAUUUUCGUCAUCUUGCAGCAAAAUGGGACCAGUGGGAUGGUGUUGCCUACAUCUACGGUGAAAGAGGCUGGUUUGGACGUGUGUAUGAUUACCUUCGCAGUAAAGAAACCGUGGAAAAUCGGACAUUGGCACUUAAAACGUAUUUGCCAAAGUGGAAGGGAUUUCUUGUUAAUGAACCUGCAGAGAAGAUGACCGCUACUGAAGCGAUAGUGAAGUUAGAUAGAGUUGUUAGCUGCCUGUUUGCGAACAUUUGGGUUAAAGAUAAUCAUUGCAGUGUUCCAGAAAAGAAGAAACCACCAGAAUUCAAUGUUAAAGCAGUAAGUCCUUCCUGAUUUCAAUUUCUACAUUUCUUUACACUCUUUUCUUUUGGUAAGAACUUAUUUUAUAAGAAUAUUGAGGCUGAAAUUUGGGAAAAUUUAAGCAUAUUUCAAGAAUAAAUUCCUCUCUAAAAAUUCAGUUCAAACUUCAGUUCAGUGAUUAACUCCGCACAAUAGGAUAAAAGCACCAAAAGUUUAUGCAGCGUACUUCUAAGAAAAUGCUGCCAAGGGCUGAAAUUCGAUUUGGAUGUAAACAUUUUGUGCCGUCAUUGUCCCGUGAUCUUUUUUCCAAUCGUCCCCCAAAAUAUUGUCUGAUAAAGUUCAGUUUAUGUAUAAUACAUUUGUCAUAAUGGCGUUACAAAAGAUCAAUUUGUUUAGCUGUAAGAGAUUCUAAGAUGGAAGAUGUGCCUACAAAAAUAUUGGGUUGAGCCACCUGAACGGUAUAAAACUAUUCCUUUCUCUAAACGGCAACAAAACGAAAAAACCCGCACUAACUUAAAUUGAAAAAACCUGCUCUUACUGCAUUAACUUUAAUUGAUACGCACCAAUGCAUUCUAAAACGGAAAUGUCAUAAGGAAAAUAUAAGAAUAUUUCCAGCUUUACAUCGGUAGAAAAAUACGAAUGAGCCUGGACCAUUCUUAUAUAAAAAUGAGUUUACCGAAAGAAAAAAAUAUACAAUGUAGUCAAGUUGUAUUAAACUCGUGUAUUGAAAAUAUUGAUUUUAGUUUAAUCAUUUCUUGGUUUUCGUUUAUUUUUUUAGGUUUUGGUUGAGAUUCUGCAACCAAAAGUGAUGAAAAACAGUUCUUUGCUUGGCAAUAGCAGAACGGAUUUGAAUACUCGUGCUUCAGCUCUUGUUUCCUCCCUUGCCAUUGUAUUGCUUCUGAAACAAUAUGAGAUACCUUUAGAGCGAGAUUACAAGCUUCUGCUUUUGAGAUGUUUGGCCCUUGAAGCUGAUCCCUCCUUUAAAAGGUGCACUGUGUAUGAAGCUGUGUUGGAAGAGUUUAGUGACAGCCUCAGAAAGUAAGUAUACCCGCGCACUCUACUUUUUAUUAAUGCCUUGCAAAUCCAUAUCUUUACAACGGCCUAAAAAUAUACAAGGAAAUUACUUUCCUGCCAAUUUACGAAAACUGCACCUCUGCCAUAGCUAGUCUUCGGAAGCUCUUUAUCACCUCACCUAGUUUUAGUAGGUUGUACAUUGGAAUCUGAUCAGUCCGGACAUCAAAGGCAAAGGAACGUGCCCUCUGUAACACACCAUUAUCAGCAAAGCAGGAUCCACUAAUAAGUCACGAAAGCGUUCGAGAAAAGCGUGUUUUGUGAACACAAAGACUUGACUUAUCAACUAUAAGUAAUCUUAGAUUAGGAAGUGCGUUCAAGUUUUCGUAGUUUUGCUGUUGCACACUACAUCUUUCUGCGAAAUUUCUGCGAAGCAAAUGUCAAGGGAAAAAAGUAAGCAAAAAUCGAACCCAGAGGGUAGUGUCAUCAGUCCAUCGCCUAUACCACUAGGCCACUGAGAAUUUGCUGCUGGGUAUAGGUUUGAUUUGGAGCUAUUUAUAUCAACAACCCUAACCCUAAAUAGAAGCUAACCAUUUUAAGUCAGUGCUCAACCCUAAUCAGUGUGAUUAUUGCUUGACCCCAAUCACUGUUUUCAGUACUUAACCCUAAUCAAUCACUAAUGUCAGUGCACGAAACCAAAGCGAUAAAUAAUACCACGCUGUGUAAAUUCAUGAGGCGGUGCCCAAGGGGGGUUUGGGCCGUUGGGAUCUAAUGCUAGCCCAAAUAUGUCACCAACCACAGGAAUGUGAAGCGACCUUUAACGUGCCUGGUAACCGCGCAAUGCCAAACGCUAUAAUAUCCCACAUAGUCAAACCAAAUCCCCAUUUAAACCAGCCAAACCUAAAAAGGGUACAGCGGUGAGCUCCAAUUCCUGUGUCGGGAACCACACGAGUGCAAAAUGCAGCCAAAUGUUAUUUACACAAUAUGCAGUUGACGUGAGAGAGAAUAAGAGGUAACAUCUCACCAAGUGGUGUGAAUGGGGCUGGUAAGACACAAACAAAACUUGAAAACUUUACACAUGCAUCGCACCUUUUCAGUCAUCCUUUUUUGUAUAUUUCUUUGCCGUGGAGGUUCGCCGCAAAACUUCAGCAUCAGAAGAGCUCGCCCACCUUACAAAGUAAGCAAACAAUAAUCGUGUUAAAGAGUGAAAACUCCGAGUUUACUUUCUAAGCGACGUUUUCACCGUCGUCACUGUCGUGGACUCUAAAUUUUCUACUAAAUUUGAUGCAUGACGCCUGGCGGUUAAAAAAAGAAUACUUCCAGUUACCAUUCUAGAUGCUCCCCUAAUCCUUGCUUUACGUCCUCAACGGUUUAAAUGUGGUUUUUUGCCACUCGUGUACUUUCAGACGUGCUGUUGAGGGAAUCCAGGACCUUUGCAAUGAGAUCAUGGCAACUUCAUGGAGAGACGAUGGCGAGUGGUUAUUUGCUAUACCUUUGUUGCAUUUUUUGCGAGGAGAUUCGAGACCUUUUGAAGAACCAAAUUUUGAAGGAUCAAAGAACCACCCUGAGUCGAUUGGAGCACAGAAUCUAAGGAUAAGAGAGUUUCAAAGAACCGAGAAACGGUAAGAAAGUAGCAGACAACAUUUCGCAAAGGGAAACCAUCGGUGGCGUCACGAAAUGACGUCUGUUUUUUCUCAGGCUAUAAGAAAGUUUAAAAUAUUAGCCCUGCGUGUAGACAUAUCCUAUUUCCUUUGUUUCCUAUUUCGCAUGCACCAAAGGAAGUAGGAGACGUCUGCGUGUAGGCUAGUACCGUGGGAUAAUGUAUGACAUGUAAGAGAUGUAACAUAAUAUUGGAAGGUCAUGCCACGAACGCAAAUUUACUUUUCUCGGCUUAUUGUAGGGAAUAAGGAAACGGUACAGAAAGAAACGGAACUAAAAUCUGUAGUUUGCAAAAUGAAGGGUGCAUCUACAUGUAUUGAUUUCUGCACACAAAAUUUUGAACCAUAAAAACACUUGGACGCUUGGACGAAAUUCCAGAAUACUCGGCAUAACCUGUGACCAGACCCAGUUUUAGCAACAUUCUUUUAUUGUGUUUCACUUUUUGUUUCGCUUCUUCCUCAGAAGUGCCCCCCCACCCCCUCAGGAAACGAAAAUAAGCCUGGUUGCACUGGUUAGAAUAUUCUUUUCUGUUGACAAGUUCAUUUUGGUUCCGAAAGCAGCGGGACGUUUUUAAUGCCACGAAUGAGAAAUAUAAAAAAGGAGCCGAUAACUACCGCAUUUCAUUCCGAAUAAUUACGAUUACAAUACAGACUAUUAUUUCGGAAACCACAUUUCGUUUCGUUUGUUUCGUUUGGGAGACUACAAUCGCAGAUACCUGAGGAGUGUUUUGUUUUUAAGCAAUAAAUACUUUACAGCAGCGGAAACAAUGAAUCCACAAUUUUCUCACAGUUUUCUUUGAUUAGUUUUGUAUUCAUUGUCUUCUAUUAAACGUAAUUCGAUGUUGUUUAUUGUUUGUAACGUAGCCAUUUGUUAGAUGCAUUACCCCUGCUGGUUUCGGCCUUUGAAGUUGACCGCCUGUUUAAGAGAACGUUUGUCAACGCAAUUCCUGCUUGGGAGCUACAUAAGUUUGUGGCUUCUAAAAUGUUCCACGUUUACGAUAUCUGUUUUGCUUUGGUAACUUUCUGUUCCCGUGAAGCUGUUCCAACAGCCAAGGUAAGAGACUUUUUUGAUUUGAUUUGUCUAGAUCCAAUCCAUUUGUCGCUCAUAAUGCACCUGUCAAUGUUAUGUCGGCGGGGGGGGGGGGGGGGGGGGGAGGGGCAGGGGGUGGGGAUCUUUUUUUUUUUUUGGGCCGGGGGGGGGGCUCUUGACCGUGCUUUUUCUUCCCGCGGGGGGGUAUAUUCUAACCUUUCUUCCCCCCCUGCGGGAAAGUUCUAAGUACCCCCGAAACAAAAAAGUCGCGUCCCAAACAUGUUUUCCCCCAGUCGGGGAUAGCGGGGGGGGGGGGUGGGGGGGGGGGGGGGGGGGGGGGGGGGGGGGGGGGGGGGGGGGGGGGGAGGCGGGGCGGGGGGUGGGGAUUUGAUUGUCUUUGUUGGUCCUGGGGUAGGGCAUUUGACUGAUCUUGUUCUCCCAGGGGAGGGGAUAUUUGAAUCUUUCUUCGCCCGACUUGGAGAUAUUUGACUGCCAACUCGGACAAAAAGACUGAGACCGAACAUAUGUUUCCCACUUCCACGCUUCACGCAUGCGCUGUACGGUCUGGAAAGAUCUGGAAAUCGUGGAGGCCAAGAGAACAAGCGAAAGGUUGGUGGAUUUCGCUGUUUUGUCUUCAAACUUCGUUUGUUUUAGCGUGUCUUUUUUAUCAAUUGAACUGUACUUUAAUUGAACUGUACUUUACUUUGAUACUGUGGUAUCAAAAUAAAUGGAAGUAAGGAGCAGCCAAGUCGAUUUUUGCAAGUACAAUUGACCAGUGUAUGGCUCAUUCGCUACAAUCACUGUAAGCUUAUAAAACUGACUUUCUUUGUACCCUUUACUAACUUUCUCCUAAAGGUUUCUGUAUUCUACGCAGCGUAAUGCUGAUUAUGGUUAAAACGUAUAAUUGCAGCUGUAACAGGAACAUGUAUCUUUGGUGAUGCAGCAACGUAAAAUAAAUAAAGAUUGCAGAGUUUUAUUUGGAGAUAUCUUUAUUGUGUCUUUCUUGGGUCCAGCCUUGGGAUAUGUGACAGUAAUGUGCAGCCCGGGGUGGGGCAAUUUGGUUGCAUUUGAUUGGAAUGAUUUGCCCGUGGGCAGGGAAUUUGACUGCAAAUUUUUGAAAAAUGUCAAAUCCCCACCCCAUGCCCUGCCUCCCCCCUGCCGGCUUUACAUUGAUAGGUGCACAAACAUAACAUAAUAUGAGUGGUCUUCGAUCGUUUCUCACAAAUGUGCUGAUUGGGGAUUGUUUCAUUUUAAUUAGUGGGCCGAUGUAGCAAAGUGCAUUGAAUUACUGAUCAAACAGAUGAAAGUGGACCAAGAAAAAUCCGAGUAAGUUUUAAGAAUUUUAUCUUGUUUCCCAAGUAAGGUAUUAAUAGUGUCAAGCCGUUAAAUGAUAAAAGUAACAGUCGUUUUCUCUCCAUCUUACAUAAGGCCAGUGAGAAAACUUCCUCAACUUUGAUAAUUGGUGGCCAUUUUCGUGAAUUAACUCGCUCCUUUUAUCUCCAUGUAGCCAAGGGUGACAAUUCAGACCUUCUAUUUCUUUAAGUCUGGGUUCUCAUAUGCCGCCAAUUUACAUGCCUUUAGUGUUAUCUGCGAUACCACCACCUAACUAUGAGCGAGGUUUAUGAAACACCAAUCACUAACAACCACGGUGGUACAAAUAGUUCGACUCAGUAAAUCGACACUGUCGCCUUCUGAAGACCUGCAGUGUGCGGUCGAAACGUCGCGAUCAAUAUCAAAGUGACAAUCGUGAGACAAACGAUAAUACUAAACCCUCUAUUCACAUUAUCCACGAUGAUAAAUAUCUUUCAUGAUAUCUGCUCUCUCUUCCGCAGAGGCUCCCGCUGGGUAACCCAAUAAAAAUAGCAAUACAUCGAAAAAUAGAAUGCGCCCUUCCCAUCGUGCCCCACGCGAUUUCCUUUUCUUUCUCUCAACCUCCCUGCGACGCAAAGAGACCUCUGAGGAGGAGAGAGUGACAUCUGCGAUACCGUUCCAACAUAAUUAUGACAGCGUGUGCCACCGAAACAAGUAUGGUCAUAUCACGGCUGUGAACUUCAACAACUUUAUUUGAUAAUUCACAUACUUCAUCCAAUAUGGGGAAAAUAUAAGAAAGAUGGUUUGAAUUUUACAGCAAAGUGCGCGGACCGAAAAAAGUCCCGUCGGCAGUUGAGAAGUCUAGAUUAUUUUGUUGCUUGCUUCCUAUUUCCUUUAUCAUGUUUCUACUGCAGAAAAAAUAUAUACCGUAAAUACUUCAGUACUUUUGAAUGGGAGCAUAUAUCCAGGGGAUAUAUAUAAAUUCAGAUGGCCUAUAACGGGGAGGGGUACCUGAAUAGUUAUCAGGUAAGCGCGAGAAUCAAGCAACCUCACGUUCUGGCGUAAUUUUUAUUUUAUUUGUAUUUUUAUUUCUUUAUUUGUCACGCAGUAGAAAAAAUUUAGCACAAAAUCUAUAUAAGAUGAGUAGAAAGAGAGAAGUGGCGAGGUUACCUCAGAAAAACUGUAGAAACUUCAUUUUAGAUUAGGCCAGCUACAGUUGUUUACAUUGAGUCAAGCAGAGGAUGACGUUAAUUCAGAGGUGGAAAAGAUUUAAGAUCGAUAUUCACUCUACUUAGCAAUUUAAUCCUGAGUAUUUCCCCAAAGGACGAAAGGGACCGAGAGUUGAUGAUGUCAUUGAAAUGUGGGUUCAAAAACGCCAUUUUCAACCUUGCGUGCUUUCGAUUGAUGUUAUUCCGGAAUAAAAAUACCCAGAAAUUUGAAGAAAAUCUCUCCAACCGCCAUUUUUGUGAUUGUUUAAUGCUACUUUCAUUUAAAUGGCUAAUUCAGUUCCAAGUGUUCCCAUUUCCCCGGGCAAUAAGGUGCUCUUCUUUCUAAAAUCUUCUGCAGAGGUCGAACGUACGCUUUCGCUGGCCACUGGUCUGCAUGGGCGGUAAUAUUUCAGAAAAACUUGCAGUUGUUGAGUUUUGCUUGAGUAAUAGUUGUUGGUUUUCCUGGUAGUGCAGGCUAGUGAUAUAUCCGGUGGAUAGCGCUAUCCAACAUUUAAACAAUAGGGUCCAGAGUUUUAAACUUUUCCACGCAAUACACAACGAAACAAGUGAUUUUGAGAGUUAAUGUCUUAUUGUUAUUUCGUAAUACGCUCAAACGAACGGACUCUAAUAUCUAAAUUGGUUUACAAAUGCAUCUUUAUAUCUGUCUCUCUAUUUCCCAGGACAGGAGUAGAUGUACACUUAGCAUAGAAAUCAUUAAAGUACUGCAGCCCAUGAAAUACACACCUGCUAUAGGUGUCUUGUUUGUGUAUAUCUUUGGCGUGACUUCGACGUGAAAUUCACUUAUGCGACCCUUUACAGUAGACGUAAACACACGGCGAUGAAUUUAAAUUAGGAUCGGUCCCCAAGAGUUCAGUCCAUGGAAAUUCACGAAGUUUUUUUAAUUGUGACGUCGUUUCAUUUCUGUCGCUGCCGUGAUUGCUUACGCUUCGUUGCUUUGACUAACGCUCGUUGUAUAUAUUCUUUCAUAGGAACAUUGCCAAAAAAUGGGCUUUUACUACGUCAAUUUGUUUGAAAUUGCUGGAGAUCUGCCUUAAGAAGCUGACCUGUCGGGGUGACCUGGAAGUCAUUUGCAUGUUGAUAAGACUUGUACUCACAAGUAUCCAAGUGCAACGGCAGCAAAUGGCAAGCAGUGACGGUGACCAGGAGGACCAAGCAAAAGAGGGAGACGUUAUUAAAAAGCUAUUGGUUAUUCUAAGAAGACGUCUGAUUUCUGAUCUCUCUUUUUUUAUGCAUUCUUGUUACAAAGACGAAGUUUUUCUAGGAGAACUUCAGGUAUGAUAACGAACUAUGGUAAUUAGUGUAGAAAGAAAAUCAAUAAAUAAAAAAUUUAAAAAUUAUUUGAAUAGGAAAAUAGUGAACAAACUCGCGCAAAAACGAAAAAUAUUUUUCUUAUUAUUAUUAUACUAUUUACUAUUUUUUAUUGUUUUCCUGUUCUUCUUCUUCUUCUUCUUCUUUGAUAUUUACUAUUUGCAGCUAUUAAUCGUUCAUCAAAAAAGGAUAGAUGUAUUUUGAAUAAACAAGCACAAUGCAAACUUUGAGCUCAGAAAAAUAAAACUUUGUAAGAUAGCGAGUUAACUGCCUGUCAUGUUCGUUGAAAGAAGUUUCACCUGCAAUAUUGUUAUUUCAGAUAUGGAGCGAGUUACUAUGGGUUGCAGACGAGUGUCAAGGAUUUGACAGCUAUCGGGAGUUCUUGACUGAGGAACUGGCUUGCCGAGCGAGAAAGGUACCCUUUCGGAUACAAAGCAGGAGUAACUACGUGUAUUUAUACUUGUUCAAGACUAAUUGCAGAGCUCUCGUUAGCCUGCGCCACGGACGAAACUAUACCUGGUUAAGUCCGUCUGCAAAACAGCGCCGAAAUCCACCACCUCUGUACCAGGAUUUGAGAAUGCACCAUUUUGGGCCUCUUUGCCAUUGUCGACUUGCCAAUCAGGAUGAAAGGAAAUUCGAAACUCACUUUCCGUUGUUAGUCCGUUGGGGCCCAGAACGAGGAUUUCGCCGCUGCUUUACAGACGUUACCAGUGGCGGAUCAAGGGGUGGGGCCCGCUCCCCCGUUAUUUUUAGACCAAACUGAGGCCCGAAGGGCCGAAAAAAUUUUUUUAAAGGAGACCGCCUCGGUCUGGAUGACCGCCCCCCCUACAGAAGUUAAAUUAUGUCUGCGACGCAGGCUAUAGGUUAUAGACCGUUCAGAAUUGUACAGGCACCGCAGCUUGCCGUCUAUCAGAUAGUUGUCAGCAAUGGACCAUGAUAUCGUGUCUAGGUUUUUACUUUCUAGUAACACGACAGCGGUUAUUUCCGUAUCCAGGUAGCGCUUAAAAUUGCGUCAUCCGUAGUUUGCAAUUUUUUUUGCACCACUUUGCUUCAGCGACGAUAACUGUUCAUUUAAAGCCUUUGCCCCAUAUUUAACUGUCACUUUCGUUACUUUAAAGUAGCGUAUUCAAUCAGUCGACUUUUUCCACAUGUGGACAUUACUUAUAAAAAAUGUUUAUUCUACGAAAACACAACGAAAAUAGAUUAUGAACUCAGGUUACACGAAAGCUGAUUUAAGGAAAAACAAGCCAACGAUUCCCUAGCAGCUCAUCUUUAUUUAUUUCUUCUAAAACAUAAUAUUCUAUAAUUAGUAUGUGUAAUCAAAUGGUGACGAGUGAAAUUAGGGAAUAAUUUCACGUGCGUUUGAAGGCUCGGGAAAUUAUUAGGAUUUGGACAAAACGCGCGUGAAAUUAUUCCCUAAUUUCACAAGUAUACCAUAUGAUUACCUAUUAAUAUCAUGGGUGACGAAUUACGUUAGCAAUCUUGGAUUUUUGACAUGUUUAUCCUGGUUCGUAUCGAUCGAGAACUUCUCUCUCUCAAAUGUUUAGACCUUAAACAUGGCUUAUAAAGUUCAGAAUUUUAAAGACUUUUUCGGCAAAAUACCUGUUAGAAUCCUUCUUGAUGUUCUCUUGUGUGUUCAGGUUUUCUAAAGCGUCUUUUUGUGCCCUGACAUCUUCAUUCACGGCACUUUGAAGCUUCGUCGCCAUCUUGACACUGAGACGUACGGAAAGGUUGCCAUGGCAAUUUUGAAAUUUCACAUGUGAAAUUACAAAUUAACGCUGAAAUUUCGCGCCAAAAUUAAGGAGUAAUUCGUCACCUAUGAUAUUAUAAUUAUUAUACUUUGUACUCACUAUCUGUCUUCUCAUUGGCUAAGAGUCUAAGAGUCAAUCCAAGUAACAGCCAAUUUUGGAAAUUAGCGCAACCUACAGUUUAGUUAGUUAUCUGCUAGCAGAUAACUAGGAAAUCUGUAGGUUGCUCCCGCCACGCAUGAUUUGCAAUACCAAUAUCAAUUUAGAUUCCUUGCGACUUCGGUGUGUUUGUCGUUAUUUUCCUCAAAACAAUUUGUAACAAAACAAUUAUUAGAUUCGGUUUUUGUGAUAUCCUAAAUAAUCAAGAUCACGUAAGUGUUAUCAGCCUCGGCCUUCGGCUCGGCUGAUAACACUUACCUCGACCUUGAUUAUUCCGCAUAUCACAAACACCUCAUCCAAUAAUUGCGUAUUAUUGCCGUUUUGAAUAAUUACAUUACUAAAUUUUUUUCUGUAUUUUUUACGAACCUUAUAUAUGUAAUGAGGCGGUAUUGUAAAGAAGUUUGGUGUUACCAGUUACGUCGCACACACCAAAAAUUAGCAUUUUACUUACUUGCCUAUUCUUAGUAAUUAUGAGUUAAUGGUGUCGGUAACGUCCCGUUUCAGGUGGAAGAGAAAUUCCUUGUUGAGAUAUUUUGCGAAGUGCAAAUGGAUGGUUUAAAUAAAGCUGUUGGAGAAACGUUCACUAAACUUGCUUUUGAAGCAGUUGAAAAGAUCAUUAACGUAAGUGUUUUGAAGGAAAAAGAAUAAAAUGGGCUAAGUAAGUGUCAUCAAAUGCUCAACUGCUUUAAAGGCAGUUGUAGAUGAAUGUAAGUUUUCGAGGUAUAUCAGUAAUUACUAGUAACCUUAAUGAGGUUGAUAUCAUAGAAGGAAAAGGAAAAGAACCAUUGUUAAGGUAUAACGGUUACUAGUGGGAACCUCGGCAAGGGAAAUAUAGCGACAAAUCAGAUGAUUCUAAGCGUAUACUCAAAUAAAGAGGCCUCAAAAACGAUAUUUUAACUUUCUUGCUGGUUGUCCUGUGAUUGGUAUACUCAUGAUGUGAUAGCAGUAAGUUUCUUCUUGUUUGACCGCCAUCGUGUUGGAGUAAACUGGUUUUGUUGUAACGCAUCUGUUGUGUUAGAAGGCUUUAUUGUCUUUAUUACAGAUACGUACUCUUAUUAUUCAACUUCUCUCAUUAGACUACAAAUAACACUGAAAACGAAAACAAAAACCUCAUGGUAUUUGUACUCCAGAAGACCGCUUUGGCCGGGAACACUUACCAUUUGCAAGGAUAUUUGGUUAAAAAAAUUCUGGCAAAUAGUACUGGACUUGAAAACGUUUCCGAAAAAAGGAAUGGGUUAGAGAUGUACCAUUUGUAAAAGACCAUAAUCCUCCUGGGAAAGGACCGCCAUUGUCACCUUCCGCCUCAAGAAGAAGCCAGGCACUGGUUAACCAAACAAAUGGCACAAAAAAUUUCGAUUGUUUCGGUGAAAAUUGGAAAAGGUAAUACCUGGAAAGGUGUUGCCUUUUUUCCGGAAAAUUUCUACUGGGAUCAAUCGUUCCAUUUGAAUUCUCCCUAGAAUUACUGGGUUUUCCAUACAAAUGGUAAGCGCUCUGGUUUUCGGCAAACGUCGCACAUGGCGGAAAAUACAUCGUUUUCAGAAGAAAUAAAGAGUAGGAGCCAAAUUGUAACCGUAAAUGAAUCCGUAUUUCUGGAGUAAAAACAGCUAUGGGAUAUCGACAUUUAUUAAUAAUUAAGCUCAAAAUAUACCGGAAAAGAUGAAAACAGACCUGGACGUAUUUAAUAUUAUAGAGAUGUGGAUAGCGACGAUCCGUUAAACAAACAACGUCCAUUAAAUACAAUUCCCGCCGAGGAACUGAACAGUCUUCACUUCUAGUUGUUUUUGAAUAUGAGAAAUCUCAACAUGGCAGUCUCUUCGUUCUCUAAAAACUUGUUGUGUUAAUCCCAGAAAAGAUGAGGUUUCAAGUAGGUUGUUUUCGAGUAGCUCUUUGAAAACUCCUUGAAUUGUGGGUGAAUUUUUGGCUUUCCAUCUCAAUUUACUCUGCUCAGGAUGUCUUCUUGCAGUCGGUUUUACAAAAAAAACAAAAAACAAAACAAAAGACAAUCAUCAUCAUCUCUGUUUCACUAGCAAAUGUUUGAAAGAUAAAACCUUGAAGCGCCGAAGUAAACCCCCCAAAAAUGAUCUACUGAGUAUACCAGUUUCACAAGGUUUCGUUUCUGACCAGUCAGGAACAACUUUGCAUAAAGCGCACGAAAACUGGGACUUGCCAAGGAGUCACGGCCUGUCACGCAUUUUCCUUAUUAUUAUUUACUGAUUUCUAUUUUAUAAUCCUCGAGUUGAAUAACAAACGCCUCAUUGGUGUUGUAUCGUGGGAUAUUUUUACUCGUCUCUUGUGUUUUGACUCGUAAGAAUAUUCCACUAUUCUACACACUAAACCGUCCAAAAAGAGAUGUAUUUGUAUUCGCCAAGAUAAAUCGCAUUACAAGUCCAUACAUAAGGCAUGCUCUUUUCUAGCUCUCAGUUUUUAGUUUCGAUCUAUUUGAGUUUAAAUCCUAUAAAUCAAGCUACUUCAGCGUACUGCAUUACUUAACUAACAAUUUUUUUUCGGUGUGUUUGCGUAGCCUAUAUAAUAACGACAGGGUGUUGGUAGAAUUCGAGACAGUUAUGCAAACCCGAGACGAAGUCAUGGGUUCAGGAAUUAAUUUUUGUUUCUUUUUAGUCACAGAAAAUGGGCGACGCCGACCGUGCUUUUCGCUCGCUUAGUUGUAGCGCUCGUGGAGACGCUGCAAAAGCGGGAAAAUAUGGGGAGCUUUUAUCUAUUCUGCUUAACAAGUCCUGGCCAAAGGAGGAUGGUGGAACAGACAGAAUUGGUUUGGACAGGCGAAGUGUUGAAUUUCUCCUCUCUUGGAACCCGAUGACUGGAUAUCUCAAAUUUUUUGGUUUGUAAACUUUCCUUUUAUUGGAUUGCGAUGGGCAGUGUACUUUCCUUUGUUUAAACGGAAACUAAAAUGGUCCAUUCCUUACAGGGGAUGGCUCAGAGAGAGGUGCAAUUUUGACAGAUGAAGGAAUCGAAACGUUGUCCAUGGCAAAGUCGUUGCUGGAAGCUCUUAUAGAAGUGAUAUCAAAUGCUUCAGUGACCGUUGAAAUCUUAAUCCUUUUGCGGAGUUUCAAGGAGAGAUUUUUGGAACUUGUCAAAACUACCACGCCAGUGGUUAAUGCCAAGGAAGAAGGUAGGCAAGUUGCCACGAAAGAAGAAAUUGAAGAGAGUCUCAAUGAAAGAAUCGGAGAGUUUGAAGAAUUUCAAGCUGUAAAAGUAAGAGUGGUGUCAUUCGCCAGGAUGUGUGACUUGAUUCAACCAGGUGAGAUUUGCACAAAAAAAAAAGAUUACUUAGCUUGUGGUUUUACCGAUUCCUGUUUUAUUCCUGGGUCAGUGAUGUAUUUCAUUGGUUGAUAGAUUCAUUGAAAUAUAUUUACUUCAUCAGCUAAUGUUGAUAAUUUUAAAGUGUUUUUUUUUUUUCGUACAGUUAAUAUCAGUGUUAUAAAGGUAAAGGCAGAAGAGAACGUUUCAUCUUUUCAAAUUUGCCAUUUAUGUGAACGAAGUGGUGGAAAGCAGAUAGAAGUGAAGUUUUUUGAACUACCCCAGCUUGUGAAAGACAUCUUGUUGCCACUUCACAAAGUCCAGGAGAGUUCAACGUUUCAGAAGCUCUGGGUACAGUGUGGAAAGAAAUCCCAAACUGUAAGAGCAAAUGACGAAUCAAAGAAAAGAGACCUUAGCUUAUUGAAUGUGGUUGAAAAUGUCUGGAAACCAGCUUACGAGGCGUGGACCCAACUGGUAGCGAGUGCUUUAGAUGGUUCAUUGACACUGACAGGCGUAGACAAAUUCUUUGAAGGCUACAAAUAUCGAAGAGAAGAGCUUUUGAAAGAACUGCGUCUCAUCUUCGUUCUUUACCAAGAUUCAGGUGACACCAGUCAGUUAAAGAAAACAGCUGAAAAGCGUGUAACUCAAAUUCACCGGUACCAACAGCUUGAUCAGUAUUUCACCGCGGCAGAGAAAAUCUGGAAAUUUAAGGAGUCAAUGGGUUUUACUGGUGAUUUCAAGGUUAUCGAGGAUGUGCGUAAUCAAGUAAGUACAUGUAUCUGAGGAAAUGUGAAUCAUAAUUGGUCGUUCGCAGAUGCCGGCUAUUCUUCGAUUUGGUUAGUAAAAUUACGUCUUCAAUGCGAAUGUACCCAACCACGUGCUGGCAAAUAUCUUUUCAUUUUAGAAAAGACCUGUGUCCGAUUAGGUCACCCUGCUUUUGUGUGACGAACCGAAAAAUUGUUAGAGCUUUGUUGACUUCUUUAAUUACUUUGCUGAUCGUCAGCUAUAAAAUGAUAGUCGCUAGUACUGAUUUGUCGGUAAUAGACCCUCCCACCGCUUUUUCAACUUCUGACAUUGACCAGUUAGUAAAUGUGCGAAGAUUGUUUCUUAGCCCAAUAUACAAACGUCUGUUAAAUUUCGCGACGUCAGUUCUCUUUGAAUGGAAAUAUAUGAAAAGACUAUUUUUUUUAACUGCGGAUAAAGAUAUGAAAGUGAAGAUGAUCCUCCAGCUUUGCGUCCGGUCAUCCCAAAGAUCAGGGUUUGAUUCCCGGUCAAGCCUUAAUUUUUUCAGGUUCUGAUGAAGAUACGAAAUUAGCCGAAUAUCCCAGCUUCCCAGUGUUGCUGUCGUUUUAAAGUUGUUGUUUUUCUUUAAUCUAGCUUUCAACCGAAUUCAAGCAAAGGCCACUUAACAGCAUUGGGAAAGAAUUUGCUGAUGCUGGCAGAGCCCUAAAGUGUUUAGAUGUUGAUAAAGCAGAAUGUUUUAACGCAGUGGUAAAAAGCAUGCGGUUGGUGGAGUGGCUACGAAAAACGAUCACAUGUAUGUGCUAACAUAGUUUUAUUUGAGUAAACUUAGGGCGAUUUUCUUUUGACCAUGAAGUCAUGGCGCACGAAAAAAACGAAAUCAACAAAGGAAGAAGAAUGUAAGUAGUAUUCGAUUCGCUUAUCGAACACAUGCAAAAGGGCACGGCUCCUAAAGAUGAGAAUUGAUGGCCAAAUUCUGAAAGGUUUGAAACCCCCGUUCAUUAAUUUAAUUACAUUAGGGUCUUAGUCAGGACAGUCUGUAGUAUCGGAGUAACCUUAGGGAACGCUACUAGGAGGUUAUAUAUAACAUAUAUGGUUGAAUUCUUAAACGGGGUCCAGCGACGUGAAUUUUCUGGAAACGAGUGUCAAAUUUCAAGCAAACAAAGACGUUUGGAUGUCUUUAACCGUCACUGACGUAUUGAACAUUUUAGUGUUCAAGUAAGGUGUAAUAAAUUGUUCUAAUUUAGUCGUCUGUUUGGUCUGAAUUUGGCCGCUAGUGUGAUAAGUUAAGGUGCAUUGGCGCUCAAAUAAGGCAAAGUUUCAGCUAAGGAUAGUGUAGUUAAGUGCUUUGGAUAGUAACGUCUAUAAAAUACAGUCGAACCGAUCCCGUGAGCAACCAGCUGACAUUGAAAGAUUGAGUAGUCCCUUAUGGGAGGUUGUCGCUUCCAAGGGUCAAACGACAGGCGUAUUUUCCAGAAGAGGUUCUGAGACAUCUACUUUUUGGUAAGAAUUUGUUACAUGCAAGUUCUGAAAUGCGAUAUGUGUAAAGUUCUUUGCAUUCUGUUAUUUACGUAGUAGAAACUGCCAAUAUAGAGAUCAGACAAAGGGUCAAGUGAUCGCCUACAAAUGGUUAAUGAAAAAUUACAAUGGAAAGUUACAAACGAUCACUCUAAAAAGUGGUAACGGUUACUAGAGGUUCCAACUAUAUGGCUUUAAUUUCGAUAGGUGGUCGCCUUUGGCAGGUGGUUGCGUACCAGAGGUGGUCGCUCACGGAGGUCCGACUGAAGUAGAACUGCUAGGCUUUACUGUAAUUCACAGCUCUCUUUCAUCUGUUAUGCAAGUAAUUACUAAUUUGGAAAGUUUUGAAUGUUUGGUAUUUUUGUAGCCCCACAGGAGCUUAAAGUUCUUGUGGACCUAGCGCUGAUCACAGCCGGUGAAAGUGACAUGGAAACUGAUCGCAUAUCCAGUCUCCAUACAAGCUGCUUGGGAUUUGCUCCUUUGAUAUUUGACCUCAAAGAAACUAAUGACCACAAUGUUAGCUUUGACCAGCUGAUGAAGGCUUGUGAUCCAGUGUGGAAAGCUGUCGAGGCGGAUAAAACACUGCCAAAGAAACUGGUAUGAAGAGAUGCUUUGUUUUCUUUUGAUACGCUUUUUUUUGUGUCAUGAGUUAAAUCCUUAACCUGACUUGAAAUCAUCCCCCAAGUAAAAAAUUUCAACACUCCAGGAUGGAACCUUAGAGUCCAUUGAAGGCAAGGAGACCUAUUACAUCGUCGAGACGUAAAGACCGUCUCGCAUCGAAUAUUCUUUUUCCUGAAAACAUUAGCAUCAAAGCCCCUCUUUAAUUGAAUAGUGUCUUCUCUUAGACGAUCACGAUCGACAAGUUAUUGAUACUCUUUUUGUAACACCAAUUACUCUGUUGUUUUGCCUUUUAUCCGUAGGAAGACACUAGUCGGCAUUUGGAAUGGCUCAAGACUGUUAAGGAGUCUCAUGGAUCGGUUGCUAUGACGUCAUUGGCACAGGCUAAGACAAUCAACAAUAAGGGUGUGUAUCUUGUGGGCUCUGUGGGUUCUGAGGAAGUUCCUGCAAUGCAAAGUGAAGGUCGUCCAUGUUUGGAAAGUUUUGUUCGGCUCAAGGUUCCUUUAAGAGACGAGGACGGAAAUGACGAAACUAAAAGUUACUCCCUUGAUGAACUGAAAGAUUUGCAGAGCAAACUGAUGCUGAUUGCCGGGAAAGCCGAAAAAGGGAAAGAUGACGUGGAAACAUUUGUCAAGGUACGUAUUUAAAUUAUUGCCAGGUUUCAAAGUUGUGUGUUAUUUUCCUGGUUAUUGACGUAUCGUUUAUGAAAGAGAUUUUGUGUUUUGUGACAAUAGCUUUGUGCCGUGGCCUUGGGUUAUCAUGGCGUGCACUCUUAACAUUAAGUUCUUGCAGUAUAAGUUGGUACUUUCCUGAAAAGGUUCAACUAAUUGUGACCAAGUGUUAAUUGUAAAAAGAAAACGCUUUAUACUUCAAUCAGUACCAGUCAGUUAAACUUGUCAUUUUAGAAUCUUGAAGGCGUCAUGCGUCUAGCAACGGCUUACAUAAACCUUUCCGAGUCUGGUUUUGUUCAUCGCGUGCACUGGAAGCAGGAAUUCCACUGCAGUAAAGAUCAACGUGAAGGUGAAUCAAUUUCCAAGGAACUGGCAAUUGCAAGCACGGCAAUGGAGAAUUGUUACUUGAACUGGAAAAAGAAAGUCAGCGACACGCGAAAAGAAUUUCAAGAAUUAAAUUUCUUUACCACUCAGCAAAUGAUGCUCCUCAGGAGAGAAAUAGCGACAGCUUGUCGCCGUAGUGACCUACACGUUGAUAAUCUCCAGAUUUUAACCCUACUGGAAAGUGUUCGUCCCAAUGUAGACACCGAGCUCUUAAAAGCGGCAAUCCAGCGCGCAUUUAAAGACACAGGCUUGUUAGACCAAAUAAAACGGAUGGAGGAUCUUCCCUCCUUUUCUUUGACUCCCCAUCAAGAGAAGUUUGAUACAAGCACGUCAUUGUUUGAGAACAAUAACUACGUUGACAGGAGCCCUUCUACAGGAGUCACUUCACCUCAAGUUCAGAGUACUUCCAUCAAAAACGAGAAGCCAAAAGACGUGUCAAAGAUCCAGCGUUUUCUCAACGCAGCAGAAGAUGAGGGAUACUCGGAGCAAAUCGCGUUGUCUGCUUUAGCGAGUUUGGGUGUAGAUGCAGAAGAAGAUGACUUGCUACUUUGGUGUUUAGAAGAAUCUGAUGACGCUGACCUGGAGUCUCUUUAUGAAGAGGCAAUGGCUAACCCUAUCACUGUAAGAGAAAUUUACCCUCAAGAAGUACUCGAUGUUCAAGAAAUACAACUUGAGGAAGCGAGGUAUGAUUCAGUUACAGUAAUUUUAACUUUGAUUCAGUUUUUCCAUGAGAGAUACAGUUUACUGUACAACCAAAACUACCGUAAGUUGUUUGCUCCUAAGUUUAUGAAAGCGUCGCUGAGUCUACUCCAGCAACAAAUGGUGCUCAAGAAACGACUCACUCAGGUCUGACUAAUUAUACACCUACAGUGUAUGACAAAUGACAAAUGACGGAUCGAAACGCAUCGGUUUAGUUUAUUAUCAACCUCUUGCAUUUUACAGGUUACCUGUGCUGUAUGAAAAAUCAACAAGAAAUAUUCUAUAUAUUUGACGUUUAAAAAACUCACUCAAUCUGUUGGUGUUUCAUGUCAUUAAUAGCUCCUCCAUGCCGUAAAUAAUUCAGACAGAAAAACAAAAGAAGAUGAAUGUCAGUUGUCUAAUGAGUGUUUGGAAAACAAAUAAAAAGCAUCCCACCUCUACGUCUUUUGCCUGAUACAUUACUUCAUGAUCAUAGGGAUAUUAAAGGCAUUUCUGCUAUAUAACAGGAUAGGGCAGGUAAAUCUGUCUUUACUUAGAAAGUGAAUGUUUGUCAGGCCAGCUUUCUGCGAGCUCCCAAGGUUGAAAAGUUGGAAAGAACGCGUUUUUGGACGUUUUUAAGUAACUGACAUACUGACGACGCACAUGUUACAAGUCAAAAAUAUAUUCAGGUGAAAAUUUCUCAACCUAGGUUGAUUCUUAAUUUCCUCUCUCUCCUAGCCCUGAUUAUUCAUAAAUUAGGGCUCGUAGACAAAGGAAAUUGAGAAUCAACCUAGGUUAAAAAAUUUUAACAAAAAUAUAUAACCUAUAACACAUAUAUUAUCAUAGGUAUCGUUAAGCUCCUCAGAGCAUAAAUGCUGCACUUGGCGUACUUUAUUCAUGCUUGAGCUUGAACUUUUUGUGGAUUAAAGUAUUAAAACUGAAUUGGUAUUCCUUUACUUCAGGUGGCAUUAGUUAUAAAAAUAGUGGUUUAAGUAAUCAUCCAGGUAAGCUGGAAAGCAGUUUCUUUGGUUAUGCGGCAGUGUGCUUUUCGCACAUAGGAAUGUUCUGAUUUUUACACAGAGAAUGCUUGAAUCUACAGAAAGGCCGUUUACGUGAUAAAAUGUAUUUAGACUCCAUUUUGGAAAAGGGUGCUCUUUUGUGUUAAAAGAUUUUGACCAAUCAUGGGAGUUGCACACAAUAGCCAAGAAAAGUUGACAAUUUUACAUGUUCUCCACAUGGGAUUUCUGUGUUAUUCAGACUGACACGAGAUUUUGUUAUAUAGGAGUUGCUUGGAAAAGUAAGGAUAAAUAUAUAUACUGCUUUAUGAAGUUUUCUUAACUUUUGCUGUUUAAACGAAUCAGAAGUAGAGUACAGACAAUAGUAAAGGUAGCAUCUUUUUGCAUUCCAGCAUGUUCGAAGCCGUUGUUGCUUUCUUUCUUUUCUGGGCCGUAACUUAAUGCUUGAUUAGCGGUUUCAAUGCAUAUCUAUAACUCUACCUAUAGUGAAGCUCUAAGGCAGUCUGAAAACGCCGUUGAGAAAUCACCCAUGCCUGCUGGAAGUAUAACUGAUGAAGGAGGAGACAUGGAUGAGGAUAACGAAACUGAGAUCAGCGAGUACCUUACUCUUGCCCAGCUGGGAAGCAUCCUAAGAGAAUUAGCAGUAAAGGGUAAGAUAUAAUGUCAGCUGAUAACAUCGCUUUGCUUUUAUUGUGCCCUUUUGUUUCGAUCACAGAUUUAUACAAUUUAAAAGUAUAUCAUUAUAUUAUUUGGACUUGCAACGUGAGAUCGUGAUGGAACAUCCUUUAGUUUCUUUACAGUGCCCCUUAGCAUGACGUCGUUUAAGUUAUGGGCUUAAAACAAAUGAUAACUGGUUGUUUUUGGUGUGACUUCCAAUUUCAGGUAAAGGAACCAAACCUCGUGUCUUUCCAGCUUUCCUAAAACGAGGAAGACCCAACCUCAUGCUUGUUCCUAAAGGUAGGACUAGGUGCAAGUGCCUGGAGACUGUUUGCUUAAUAACGUCUUCGUAUUCCUUUGGUGAAAUAGUUUAUCAUCCUCGUCUGGUUAUUGUAGUCUAAAUAUGCCUCUUCAAGAAACGAAACAAAUCGUCGUUUUCAUUAAUGUCUUAUGUGCGUGCUCAAGAAGUGCUUAUCAAGGACACAGGGCCAGGGUUGAGUAUGAAACAGUGCUUUACUUCGAAUCAUCUUGGUUGAAAAAAAGCAAUAUUUUUUAUCGCAAAAGGUCUUUCUCGCAGCCCCAUUAUGUUUCAAUUGGGCUGUUUAUGUAGGAAACUGUAGUGCUGAAGUAAAGAAAUAAAGCUCAUAUUGAACAUUUAUUUACACACGUUUGCAGGUGACGUUCUUGCCACUGUCCUCGCACUGUAUAUGCAUGACAAACAUCAGCCCUUACCAAGCCACGAGGAAGUGCUUAUUUGCACUCCUGAAACUACAGCCGAAGAAGUGAGUGUUUUGCAAGUAGUGCAAUGUGUCUACUACUGUCCUUUUUACUCUGUAGAUACACACCAUUAAACUCAAAGUAGAACUACAAACGGUCCAGUAAGCCAAAGCGUGAUGACUACAACACCAUUCUGGGCAAGACUUUCUGUAGAAAAAUGUACACACAAGUCAGUAGGUUCCUACUAGAGUACUAGACGCACAUUUUCCAGUUGCAAUUUACAAAUUAUUAAUCACCAGUAGGUCUCCUCCUACCUAUUAGAUUCACAAUUUCCAGCUCCAGUUCAAAAAAUGCUAAUCAUUAAUCAGUUGUUUGGUCCUUCCUUUUGGUUAAUGAAAGCACCUCAAGCCUUUACAAGGCUUCUGAAGUCAGAGGAUUCCUACUAAGUUCAAGACGCACAUACUUCAGUCCCAUUUUAUGAAACAUUAAUCACUAAUCAAUUACAAUUGCCUGGUCUCCGCUGUGUAGCUGAUGAAGGCACCUCAAGUCUUAAAGAAGUUACUCAAAACGGUAGUUACUUUCUUAGGUACACAACGCUAUUUUUACAUUUUCACAAAAUACUUAUUUUUAAUCAAUUUUCUGCUUCUUCCCUUUGGGCGAAUAAAGGAACCUCAAGUUUUUAGAAGGGUACUCAGGUCGUAUCUAGAUAAAAGAUGCACAUUUUCACUUCUAGAUCAUAAAAUAUUAAUCAAUUAUCAAUGUCUCCUCCUCCCCAUCUGGCUAUUGAAGGUGCUUCAAGUCUUGACAAGGCUACUCCGGGCAGUAGCUUCCUUGCUACGUAAAGUUAUUGGUAAAUAGUUUACCGCAACUAUGUAUCUAUUGUAGCUUCCAUCAAAGAUGAGGCGUUGCUUCUUUAAUUGCGUUGAAAAUCCUUGGCGUUGCUAUUGGCUAGACAAAGUCUUUGCGCCACAAUCCUUUUCUUUCCCUACGUUACAAUUUUUUUGGAAACAGCAUUAGAAAAUCACGGGCCUUAACAGAGGGUGAGGCAGUGAAGGGGGAGGGGGGGGGGGGGAGGGCUCGGGGGACUACAUUUUGCUUUGGUUCUUUGAUGGAUAGCCUUGAUGAUUGUAAGCAAGUAGGUUGUAGGAUAAUGGUUCUGUUUUCUUCUAUUUGGACCGUACUCUUUUCAUUCAUUUUAUUUUCACAUAGAGGUUACUUUCACUUAGGAAAUUUUUAAACUGUCCACAAAGUUUUUAUAUCAAAAAAAUAGAAAUUCAUGACCAUGAAUCUUACCAGGCUUCUUCUAUGUAUUUAUUUAUUUGCCCUGAUCAAUGACAUAAAUCUUAAAAGUAACAUUGAAAGAGGAAACUUAUGAAUUAAUGUACAAAUAUGAUCAGUGAUAUCUGGAUAAUCAGGUCAAUCCAGGGAGAAUACACUUGCCUCUUUCCUCUACCACAAUACUGGCACAUUGACCCGCCAGAAUUCUGAAGCAUGUCACACAAAUGAUAAAUAACCGUCUUUCAUUAUUGAUACACCUGUAACAGGUGAACCUAACCCUUUCCCGAACUUUUAGUUUGAGGUCACCGUUUGCUGAAACGGUAUUCGUUUUAAGACUGUUUAAAAAGGAUUUUUAUGCGUAAUUGUGAAUUAAUGCAGAGCAUGGGGCACAUCUACAAUGACUAAAGGCGGUGUUACCAAUGAUGGUAUCGACCGUUAAAAGUGGCAUCGCCUUUUUACCAAAGAAAAUAGCCGUCGCUUUGCAGAACUGGUAAAUUGUAACUUCAAACGUUCUUGAGGUGGCCAAGGAACAUUUAACCUUUUUUUUUGUUCAUUAUGCGUUUCGGUUUAGGUAGAACUGUUUUGGAGACGAGCAAUAGGAGACUUGGAAGGUGGAUUUUACUGCCUGGUUCACGCUGACCAGUUGGACUUCUCUGUUAGCAAACAAGCAAUUGAUAAACUCGGUGUUUUGACACAAGGCCUUGCUGGUAAAAUGGGUGAAAGUAAGUAGAGGUUACAAAACAAAAAAAUCGUUUGCAGUUUAUAGUAGUAAUCAAUAUGGGUACACUUAAAGAUAAGACUAAGGCUUCAAUGCUUUGUAUGUGUAUUAAUUGUAAUUUUACAUCAUCGCCAUUUGCAGACUAUGGUUUGGUAGUUAUGUGUAGCAGUGAAAACGAAGACCGUGCCAACAUAGUAGCAGCCCUUGAUCAGUAUCGUGUAGCUGCUCCACCUUGCCCUUCCUCAAACGAUCUUCAGAGCUACUUAAAGAAGCAUCUCCGAAUCCCUACUCAACAGUAUGGGUACAUCAAUAGCAGUAAAAUUACGUGGGAACCGGCGGGUACCUUGGAUCCAGAAAAGUAAGCUUAAAACAUUUAUUCAAGAAAAUGAUCAUUUAUUUGUGAAGGUUGUAUCUGCUAACUAAUGCCUUGUUGGUGCUUAGGCUCUGUGUUCGAGUUGUCACUUCGAAAAGAGGGGGCUUGGGAAAAACGCUGUACGUUCGUCGUCUGACAGACCAGCUGCAAAACCUGGAGAACAACGACAUGGUUGUGUGCCGUGACUCAGGCAUAUCACUUCAUGUCACUGUACCACUUCAUGGAAAUUCUACCGACUCCUCCAUGCUUGUAGAUUCCCUUUUGCCUCAUGCGACAAGGGCAAAUGUUCCGCUUUCUCGAGUUUUUCAUUUGGAUGUGGCUCCUUCGGUAAGACAUGAAAAUUGAUUAUUUGUCUCGAUUAUAAUACCUUGAUUCAGAUACAUAUGUCAAUUUGCAGAUAUGUGUAGUGGCGACCAACAUUUUAGAAAACUCUGGGUGAAAGGGCUUUAGUAAGUGAAGCCUUUAAACUUUUGGAACAUUUACAUCUACAGUUUUCUGGUGAAAACAUAUUGCUCUAAUUUGGCAGUUAAUAGAACCACAGUUAAAAUCAGUAAUAGCUGUAUGCCAAACAUCAAACAAAACAUCGACUGUCAUAGCAAAUCCACUGUACAGUCACGAAUGAAUAUGAACGAGUCUCAAAAAUUGUGCAACUGCAGAAAACCUUCUGACUGCCCCAUGAAUGGCCAUUGCCUCAGAAAUCCAUUGUAUAUCCAACAACCUUAACUACAGGAGACAGCAAACCUGACGAGACUUACGCUUGACUAACUGAAAACACCUUUAAGACCCGUUUAGCGAACCAAAAAGCAUUAUUUUAACAACCCUAGCAAAAGAACGAGCACCGAGCUAAGUAAGCAUGUAUGGAACCUUAAGACAGUAACAUUAGCAUCCGGAUCACCUGGAAUAUUUUGAAGCAGUCUAUCACCUUUAAACCCUCUUCCAAAUGGUGUAAUUUAUGUCUAUGAGAGAAGUAUUUUAUAAUCUGUAAGGCCCAUCUAGCCACUCUUAACACCUGCAACGAGCUUGUAACUUCGUGAAGACACGCUGGUAAAGUUCUGUGGAAAAAUUUCACGUCCCCUCUGGUUACACAAUAGAAUACACAGAAACAGCGUUGUAUCCGUAGUAACUACAUUUUAAAAUUUCAGUUAUAAUCAGCGUUCUGUUAUAAUCUACCAUGAUGAUAUCUUAUCUGAAGAGUGCUACACCGUCGUGUAUUACGAAACCAUAUAGUAGUAAAAUGCCUGGUCAAAUGUUCAGUUGAUAAUUAAAAACAUUGUACUUCUGGUAUCCUCGCGCUAGUCCUUCUAUUGGAACUCUGAAAUCAGUUCUGCAUCAGCUGAAAUCAAGUAUUGACAAUUGUCCCUGGCUAAACAAGAGCAUAAAGGUGACUAUGCGCCAGCGUGAUUAUAUUCACAAAAAAGCAAUCAAAAGCAAUGCCUCAGAGCAUUGGGCAAACUACCGCCAUUUUCGCAAUCGUGUGACAAAAGAAAUAAGGUCAGCGAAAGCGUCUUACAAUAACGGCUCAUCGAGGAAAGUGGUGGUGAUCACAGAUCGUUUUGGAAGACGAUUAAGAAAAUCCUACCGGGAGAAAAGAAAGCUACUUCUCCAAACAUUAAAGUGGACGGCGUUGUCUCUUCUGACAAACAAUACAUUGCCAACGCUUUUAAUAAGUUUUUCGCAUGUUAAAAGAUUCUGCGGACAUUGUAGCUAAGCCUGUGGCGUUUAUUAUCAACACCUCGUUACGUACUGCCCAAGUUCGCAGUGAUUGGAAAUCCGCACGGGUCAUUCCACUCUUUAAAAAGGGAAAGGCUGAUGAGAUGGACAAUUAUCGCCCGAUUUCCAUUUUACCUGUUCUAUCUAAGGUUUUAGAACGGGCUGUACAUAUCCAACUCUACAAAUAUCUCCAGCAAAACAAGAUCUUGAGCCCUUAUCAGUGCGGGUUUCGGAAGUGUCACUCGACAGAAUUCGCUGCUCUUAGUUUUUCUGAUAAUAUUCGUAGGAACAUGGACCAAGGUCAAUUAACUGGUGCUGUGUUUAUUGACCUUCGCAAAGCUUUCGACACUGUGGAUCAUGCGGUACUUCUGGACAAGCUUUCCAAUUUGGGGAUUUUGGAUAAAGAGCAUGGCUGGUUUACGGAUUACCUGUCGAACCGCACCCAAGUUGUAGAGUUUCAAGGGGUGACUUCUGCUUCGGAAGCCGUCUCUACUGGUGUGCCUCAGGGCUCUAUCCUCGGACCAUUAUUGUUUAUUCUACACAUUAAUGAUUUACCUGAAGUAGUGUCCGAUUGCAAUAUUCUGAUGUACGCUGAUGACACUGUUUUAUACUGUUCAUCCUCUCAAGCCUCUGUCAUUCAAGACAAGCUGAAUGCCGAACUGUCUAAGAUUGAUCACUGGCUUUCUUUUAAUAGUCUGUUUGUUAAUGUAACAAAAACCGAAGCUAUGCUUUUCGGAACCGCCCCUAGAUUAUCUGCUGUUAACUCUUUUUCUAUUACUUUAAAUAACAAUGUAAUUAAGCGGGUUUUUCACUUCACUUAUCUAGGUACAGUUUUUGAUGACCGCCUUAGCUGGAACGAGCAAAUAAAGUACCUAAUUUCGAAGCUGGGAAAACGCGUAGGAAUGCUCGGCAGGCUUCGCAGAAGCCUCACUAGAGAAAGUGCAAAUGUAGUGUACUGUAGUCUAAUUAGGCCAAUUUUAGAAUACUGUGUAAGUGUGUGGGGCUGUUGCGGGGAAGGUCGUAAACAAGACCUUGAAGCCCUCCAAAACCGGGCUGCUAGGAUAGUGGCUUGUACUAUGCGCAGCAAGCAGGCAUUGGACGUUCUGAAAUGGCCCACCUUGGAGGAGCGCCGACGUCAAUCUGUUUUUAAACUCGUUAAGAAAUGCCUGCAAGGUCAAUGUCCCCAGUAUUUUAAACAAUAUUUUAAACGUAAUAAUACAAUCCAUGCGCGCGCUAUUAGACAAAGCAACCUCUUACAUCCGCCUGCUGUGAAAACUGAAAUUGCAAAAAGAUCCUCCUAUUAUUAUGGUUGCACUCUUUUUAACGAAUUAUCUUAAUGAUAUUUCGUGUUUUACAUCUUUUAAUCUUUUAAUUUAAAAUAGUUUUCUAUUUAUAUUAUUACCUGUAUUAGUGUAAAGUUUAUAUGUAUAGUGUGUUUUUGUGCGUUGUUGCUCAAGGCUCCCAUUGAUAACAGACAACUUUUUGCGUCUGAAGGGGCUACCCUGAGCGGUAUAAAUUUAUAAAGGUUCUUCUUCUUCUUCUUCUAAUCUAGUAUUUGACUCAUUGUCUUUUUAUUUCCCUGCUAAGAUGAGGCGUGGAUUAGACACUCUCCUUUUUAACUUACUUGUUCUCGGUUUUCUCUGCGACACAAUGGGAAGAGUUUGGAGGAGACGUAUGACUGAUUUGUAUGUCAUUGAAAUUACCACAGCCUCUCCACUCCCCACAGGAUUCAGCAGAGAGGAAGAAGCUGAAAGUCUAGAGGUUGGUAAACUUGUUUUAUGUUGCAAAUAAUCUAUUGAAAAGUUUAAUAAACCUGUUGUAUGUACUAGUGAAUCAUUUUUCUUUUGCACAUACUCCAACUUAGAUACUAAAUCCAAGGCUUAUCUAUAAAUUCUUGUCUGCUAUUUGUUCUUGCUUUUCAGAGUGGGUCUGCUAGAUCUUCGAAAAGACCGUUCUAUGAUCUUCUGCCCACUAUUAUUUGUUCUUCUCCGAGAACUGUUUCCUGUCGUUUAGCAACGAAGCAAGGUAUAAUUAUUAUUUGUUUGAAAAAUAAAUUAUAGUCUCAGAAGGUCUCAGAUUUGUUAGUAUUGUAGCUUUCAACUGUAUCGCACAUUCUCCGAGUGUUGUCACCUCGGUUACACCCGUUACAAAUAAAAGAUUAAGCAUCGCAGGAAGUUCAUAACCCCCAUCUCUAUUUUGAGAAUAAUAUUUAUCUUUUCCAAAUUUUAAUUCCAAGGUCAAGAAUGAGCAUUCAUGGAAUUAUUAAUUACUAUUUGUAGUCCUUUUAUCUCCUUGUCAUCCGAAGGUUAUUCCUGGGAUAAAAUUUGCAUUUUCAUUCUCUUCAGAUCCACGAGACAUAAAUCCUUUGUUUGAUGCCAAAGAAUUUCGAAGUCCCCAGUUUCAGAGGGUUUAUCAAUAUCUCAAGCUCUCAAAAGAGGGAAAAAACAUGGACAACUUCACAUUUGAUCCUGGUAAUAUCGACGAAGAUCAAAUAAAAUGCCUCUCACUCAUGCUCAGGUCUGUAAAAUGCUUUAGUUUAUUCUUUUCGUAUUUAGUUUUCAUUUAUUGAACUCUGAGGCGCCCCAUGUAAGGGAACCCGGAAUCUAACAAUUUUUUUCCCGUGGAUUCCGGAAUACAGGUGAAGGAAUCCGGAACCCACUAAUGAUUUUGGGCCCACAAUGUAAGCUACUGGGCUAACCAGUAAUUGUGUAAGCCAUUAAAGUGCUAUUUAUUUAUUUGUUUAUUUGAUUGGAAUCUUGGAUUCCCUUGCAUUGGGGGAUCUAAGUAGUUUUUUAGUUUUUGUAAUGUUUCCAUUAUAAAACUUCCAUCUACCUUAUCGUGUUUUCCAAUGCUUGUCAUAUUUCUUACCAAGUGAUUAAGUUCUACUUAUUAUAUGGCAAAGCUAGUCUUAGGCAAAUCCGUGUGCUCUGAUUGGUUCUUUCUCGGUCGGGAUUUUGCAGUACGGGCCGUUCCAUGAAAACGGUCGAAGCCGUGUAUUUUUGUUUUGGAACAAAGCCGGGCAAUUCAAAAUUUGCAACCAAAACAGCGAAAAAAUUUGUGAAUAUUGUCAUUCUUCACAUCGAAACUACCAGAAAAAGUUAAAAAGAUUGAAAUUUUACCGAGAUUUCAAAGAUUGAUGAAGAUGACGAACAUUCUGCGAGCGAGUUUUAUUAUCCGGAAGAUCUGGAAACUUUUGAUGCAGAAACUGAAACAGGCAUCACCGAAAGCCAGGAGGCCAUAGACGAUUUUAUCAACCAACAGAAAAGUGCAAACACAAACAAGAAGACGGCUGCUGACAUGAACACUCCUCUCCGCUACAUGAAAGCUAAUGGUACGAAAAAUGAGAAAAUUGAAAGCUUACCUAGGUCCGAGCUUGACCACCUUUUGUCGAAUUUUUUUCUGAAGGCACGCAGGAAAAACGGAAAAGAAUACGAGCCAGCAUCAGUUUUCAGUUUUCAGCACAGUAUACAGCGAUACUUGAGUGAGAAGAAAUAUCCAUUCAACAUGCUCAAGGACAAUGGGUUCGAAAAAAUCCAGAAAAGUCCUUGCAGCGACGCGAAAGUCACUUGUGUUCACGAGCACGGCGAGGCAGCAAACCGCAAGCUGCUCAGGCCAUCGACGAAGACGAAGAGGAUGCCCUUUUUGAAGCAGGAGAAUUUGGCGAAUCCAAUCCAACUGCGCUGUGGUGGGUUUUAUCCCUACACUUCGGUUUCCGAGCAAGAGAAAACAUCAGUCAAGCAAUCCGUUACUGUCUUCCACCGCUCCAGUUUUAACAGGUGCAAACGAAGGAUCCAUCAGCCGGUACACAUAAUUUCCAAAUAUUUCAUGGUAAUGUGAAAAUUGACAAGAAUGAAAGGAAGCGUCGAAUUGUUAUCGAGAGCGAUGAGGACGAUUGACUUUGACUGGCUAUUUCUUGUCAACUUUGUCCAGUUUUGAAGUUUCACAGCUCCAAACUUUCACUUGACACUGCUUCAUCCAUACGUUGUAAAGCGUAAUAAUCAAGAAAAUAUUGUUUGAUCGACAAAAAACCCUUUCUCGAAUUUUGGAAUCAACAAUUGCUUCUGUCAGAUUCCGUUACAAACGAUUUCACAUUCAAUUAAUUUAUUUUUCAAACUCGUGGUAGCUUGCUUUCGUCUGAGUUGCUUGCGUCAUCAAGAAUACGCCACGGCGGAACCCCUUUAAGUGCAAGCCAGCGGAAGUGCAUUUUACUAUCAGAAACCGAAUGUCAUAUAAUAAACAACUUUCUAACCGAGCUUGCUCGAGCCGUACUGGGGAAUACUGGCCCUCGGGCCAAUAGUCCUCAGUACGGCCCUCGCGCUCGGUUAGUAAGCGGUUCCUAUUUCUCUUCAAAAAUUACAAUCCAGUGUUAUAAUGGCAAGGGUUCAUUCCUUUUUUUGUUUGUUUGUUUGUGUAUUUGUCUUUUCCUCAUUGUGUCUGAUGUAUAGUUGUAAUAGUUGUGCAACACCUUUUUGUUCACACAGUAAUUGCGGAAUUCCUGAUCCUUCUUGGGCGGAGAUUCGUCACUUUGUAGGCUUCCUAAACUCUCAGUUACACGAUUGUGAACAGAGUUACUUCUGCGAUAUGCAGCUAAUGAGAAGCGUUUUGGCAGGGCCUAACGUGUUAAAUUUAGAGGGAUUUCGAUCAUUUGUGGUGCGCUUCAUGAUACAAAUGUCGCGGGUAAGAUAUUGCACAAUUUGUGGCAUCACACCUCGUUGUGACUUUUUGCAUGCAGAUAUCGUGUCAACUUUAAUGUUCCCUUGCAACUGAAGUUAAUCGGGGAAAAGAUCGAAACACACGUUGCUGCAAUCUCAUUCUUUGCGCUUCGAUUUUCUUUUCCUCUACUGUUGCAGAUAUUUUUAGGUUGGUUGAACGUUUUUUAAUAGAGGAUAAUAAACGGGGUUGCUACAGGUCAGAAAACGGUUAGGGAAAAAAUUCUUCGAGGUCAGGGAAUUCCACUUUAAGACAAGGAAAAUUUACGUCUUCAAGAAAAGUCAGGGAAAACUGAAACUUUAUAGUACAAAUUAUUUCUUUUCUCUCUACUUUUGUACAUUUUAUGGACACAAAUCAUAUCUUAUUGGUAGAAUAUUGUUAAUGGAAUUGAACGACAAGCUAAUGUUGGGUUUUCAAGAAAAUCAAUCCUUUUUACAUAUUUUGUUAAGGAACUAUCAAUAAAGCGUAAAUAAAUGGGUUUAGCGGAUGGCUGUUAGGGGAGGGUUGAGUCCAUUAUCAGGACUAAUUUGAAAAACUGGUAAUUCAGUUUGUCAUGAAUAUUUUACGUUUGUCAGAAAAAACUCGAAAAAGUCAGAGAAUUUCAGAAGAUUUUGGCUGUGGCAACCAUGAUUAAUGGUCUCGCCUUUCACGUUUAUAACCAAACACCUGGGAUUUUACAUUAACUUGUCUGACGUUUCCUUCAAGGAUUUUGCCACUCCUUCCCUGACGGACGAUAACACCGUAUUUUAUACAGAAGACAAUGCAGAACUCGAACGAAGAGAAAUAGAGCAAUUUCAACUUCGGCGAAGCUGGGAGACCAGGUGAGCUAACUGAAGAUGCUUCUAGAAAAACAUGUACCCCUUGAAUAUACUCUUUAGGUUUACGUCAAACGGCAAGGAGCUAAAUGUCAUCAUCUGAUCAAUUUACUGAAAUAAAAAGCUUCAUGCCAGUUUUUUGUACACGAAUUAUUUUGCGCAGUUGUUUCUGCUUAUUUCUUAAUUAUAGUAAAGAACAAAACGCGUCAGUAGGGAUUACCUAAACGAACAGGAAAGAAUGGUGGAUUUUGCAGUUGAUGUCCGUUGCGUUACAAACGUUAUCAUGACUAGCAAAUGUCGAUUUACCAUAGAUUGAUGAAUUAAAAGGCCUUUUUAUAAAUGGAAAUCAGUCUUCAUUUUCUACUAAUAUCUCGUCAUAUUCUUGUUUGUUGUGCCCUGCAGCCCACAUCCUUAUUUGUUUUUCAAUGAAGAUCGUGUGACAAUGACCUUCCUUGGAUUUUUCAUAAACUCCGCUGGGGACCUCAUUGAUCCACAAACAAUGCGAAUGUUAGAGAAAAGUUUGAUGUCUAAACAACUACGUAAUGGACUGCAGGCUCAGCGGGUUGAUUUUACUACAAACCCGGAGAACUGGAAAAAGUAAGUGGUAGUUUUUUUUAAUACGUGUAGCAUCUAUGAGAUUUAUCAUGAUCUUGAUCUUAGUUACCGAUCCGAUGCCGAUAAGACUGGGUGUCUUAACCAUUAGGAAUCGUGGAGCAUCUUUUUCAAAUUUUCGGCGAGGUUAAUACGUUAUCCAAAUAGACAUCUUUUAAUUAAAACGUACAUGACGGACCAGAAACACAGUUCUGAUGUCUUCCAAACAAAAUCACUGAAUCAAAUAUUUCAACUAUACACGGUUAUACUCAGUUAAGAGUCCCAACGUGCAGGAGGCAGAAAGGUUAGCUUCAUACAAGCGUGGCCGAGUUGUUAAAAAGGGAGCUACCGAUAAAAUCACGGCUGAACUGAACGUUCAUCGCCCAGGCCGGUUGACCACGUGGCCUUGCUCACCUUUUCUUCCUCUUCACUUGUGUGUGCGUUUUCCUCUGCGUUGUGAUGUAAAGCGAACAUACCUUUCUUCUCUAGGGUGGAAAAGAUUAGUCAGCUGUGUUCGGUAAUGGGUGUAAAGUGGAAUCUUACCAAUCCUAACUAUGACCCAGACCACGCCUAUGAACUGACUACAGACAAUGUUAAAAAGAUCUUAGCCAUUCACAUGAGAUUUAGGUAAGUCUUCUGUCUAUUGUUAAUUUUUUCUGCCGUAAGAAGUUGACCAUUUUGUGUUUUGUGGCCCUGUCUAAUUAACCGGAUUUAUGCACUUAUUGUGUUUCCAAACACAGAGUUCAACAUCUAAUUUAAUGGAUACAUAAAUCAACAGGUGCAAUAUUCCUGUGAUCGUGAUGGGCGAGACAGGCUGUGGAAAGACUCGUCUUAUUCGGUACAUGUGCGGUCUACAGGCGGGUCCUCAGGAAAAAGAUCAACCAAGAACACGAAAUAUGCUACUUGUGAAGGUAAGAUGGCUGCUGACCAGUGGCUCAUUUUACAUUUUUCCUUGUGCUUUGAAUAGGAUGAAAUCAGUACUGCAAAUCAUAAACCAUAAAUGACAACUAAAGUAGCUAUUAGUUUCGGCGACCAGCAAUCUUCCAAAGUCCCUGUAUAAUUCUUUACUCGAUUAGUUGCAAUUGAUAGCUGUAAUUAAGUGUCGUUGUAAAAAGAAAGUACCGAAGGUUACACCUAGGAACAUGUUAUCUAACUACUUAAGUUCAGAACUGUAGACCAUUUUAGAUAAUGCAAUCCGAUGACCAUGCAUUUUGAAUUCACUUAAAAGACACAGAAAGAUAGGUUUCACCAAAAGGGGAAUUUUGUUGUACAGAAUCCCGACGAUUUGAGUGCGGAAGAAAUCUCCUCUACCCAUAACCUGGUUUUCAUAAGUCGGGAAAAUCCUGAAUGAUGGAGGAUUUGACUAUUGCCUCCCCAGAUUUUCUUGACUGUGGAAACUAUGCAAAUUCUAUCUCUUAUUCAAUUCCCCUCCACAUUUCUUCGAUGAUCGGCGAUGAGAACUCGAAUUUGUGUCGAGGAUCGAUGAGCGGUCAUUUUUGCCCGGACCCAAUAAUUUAACUACUUUUAUUAGGUCUAGUCGUUUUUAAAAUUGAUCAAUUGUCAUUAAUAAUUCUCUCCUGUUACGAGGUACAUGGAGGCACCACAUACGAAGACAUUGAACAGAAAGUUCGGCAGGCGGAAGACAUGGCUCGUGAGAAUCAAGACAAGAAAAUCGACACAGUUUUGUUCUUUGAUGAGGCCAACACCACUGAGGCACUGAGCAUGAUUAAGGAGGUGAUGGUAGACAGAAGGAUUCGUGGACGAACCAUAGGACGGGGUCUUAAGAGACUGCAGUUUAUUGCUGCAUGUAAUCCAUACCGAAGGUGAUGUACAAAGAAUUUUAUUCCCAGCAAAGUAAAAUUCAUCGAAGAAUCUUUUUGUGACUUGACACGUGAUUUGUCUAUGUUCCCCUAAUUGUCUGCCUUUGAUUCAAUUCGGAUGUAUACAAUGCCUGGCCUGUCCUGGCCUAAUCCGGCUGCUCUGUGCCUAUUCAUAGGCACAUAAAGCGUGUCGAAGCUGGGCCUCAGUUGCCUCUGCUUAUUUUCCACAAACUAUAAAGAAAGACAUACAAAGGUGUAUCAAUUCUUUUUAGAAUUCCAACUGUGUAGAGAAACAAUUUCGCUGAUUCUUGGUGCAUGACCUUGUUUAUAGGCACACGGACGAUAUGAUUCACAAGCUGGAGUCAGCAGGGCUUGGUUACCACGUAAAAACGGAUGAGUCAGAUGAUCGUCUCGGUAUGAAUUCAAGUUCUUCGUAGCUCUUUUCUGGCUCAGUAAUCGGUAGAUACUUAGGGGCGCUGCCAUUCAGUUUGUUGAAAACAUGAACGGUUUAUGGGUUCACCUUGCAGGCAUGCCACGUUAGUACAUCUACGAAAAACACGGAAUUUGCCAUCUCUUAAUAUGUCCAAAUUUAAUUUGGAAAUUCGUCCACGGUGUCAGGUCUGCGUGCCUACCAAACGUAAGGAGCUUUGUUUUUUUCCACAGGACAUAUCCCGUUACGUCAUCUGGUUUAUCGCGUGCAUGCCCUUCCAGGGAGUAUGCGCCCUCUGAUUUGGGAUUUUGGUCAGCUGAAUCAGCAAGUGGAAAGCCUUUACACAAAUCAGAUUGUCAGUCGUUAUGUGAGUACUUGGAAGGUGCUAUUAUUAUUAAGGGAUCAACUAGUGUUUUACCAAAAGCUUACUGGUUAAAUUGUUUUUACAAUACGGCAUAUGUCGCACGAAAAAUCUCUUCCCGGCUGAAACUAAUUAGAUUUAAUGUUAUAUUUUCAUGAUCUUAAACCACAAAUUGCUUAUUGAAAAAGAACAAAAUCCAUUAUUUUUCUUCAACAAGGCCGAUCAACGCCUUUAACAAUAUUUGGAUCACACUUGAUGUUGGAUUUUCGAGAGUAUUUGCAAGUUGUUCAUACUGAAAAAGAAGCCAGAUGAUACAAUAAUCAAUUAUGGAUUUAAGCUCGGUUCGUCCAUUAUUUAGUGUGAUGUUUGCUGAGACCAACUCAGAUCACGCACGUUUACAACAAUCCGUUGAUUCCCAGUCUUUUACAUAAGUUGUUUGUGUCAGUUGAAUAUUUUACCCUUUUUCGUCAUAUGUCAACUCGCAACUGAACAGCCUUUAUAAAUUAGGAUUGACCGAUAUGAAAAUGACCUUGAAUGUAGCAGCGGCUAAAGUUUGUUUAAAUACGUGAUCCUUAAUUAUUGUAGAUUCUGCACGAGCGUCAGUUGCCUGGUGAAUCAUCGACUGUCCAGGCAGUGGCAGCAGUUUUAGCGGCAUCGCAGAAGUACAUGAGAGACCAGUCGGUAAGUUGCAAGAUUUCAUUUCCAAAAUCCUGUUUCGUAAGUUAUUGUUGUACGAAAUGGGUGCAAAACGCAAGGCGCAAGGCGCAAGGCGCAAGGCGCAGUGUUUUCAGUGAUAUCCAGCCACGGGAAUGUGGGUUGACGUCUCGUGGUGUCUGGAUAGCGCAUAAGACAUAUUUUCCAGUGCUACAUACAACUUGUAGUCUGCUACACAGCCGUUCUUUGUGUCGUCAGGCAACUGGAGGAGGGUUGCGUGACGACACAAGGAACGGCAGAGUUGCAGACUAUUAUAGCUUGUGAAGUGAACAUUCAGGCUAAGAAGCGCAAAAAAAGAGUUCGCAAAACAUUUGUCGCAAUAAGUAUCCGAUUUCCAAACCUUCUUUAUAGUAGCUGUCGCUGUCUGUAGUUUUAUCUACUCUUAUUUUGAAAGUAGUUUUUCAUUUAGUUCUUGCAUAAUAACGAUUGGAUAAAGUGUGAGCAUGCAGCACGUUCCGAACAAUGUUGACUUGAAGUCAACAAUGUUAACUUCAAGGGCACAUCAUGGCUCACUUACUCCAUUUCCAUUGUAGUGGUCCUUUCGGUGGUCGUGUCGAUUUUCUCUACCCAUUAUUCUGCCAGUCAUGAAAUUCGGGGACCUGCUUUUAAACGAGGACCAUGCUUAGCCUAUUAUAUUGGAUGGAGAAGACAGUGUUUCUAGACAGUAAUUACCAGACAAUAAUUAGUCAAUAGCAAGAUCUUACCAAGUAGUAACAUUCUUUUAUCAUCGAAAGGAUGAAUGCAGCUUUGUUAGUCUACGUGACGUGGAGAGGGCCAUGCAGGUAAUGGUGUGGUUUUAUACACACGUGGAUACUCUUGGAAGAUUAAUGAAGAUAGUGAUAACUGAACAGAGAAGAGAAGAAGGCGAAGAAGUGGAUGACGAUGAGGAAGAAGAGGUAAUUAUGGCGUGUCUACUUGAUAGCUCAACUCACGUGAUUGGCUAUAUAUAUUUGGAAAUUUCUAUAUGUUUUGUUUCGAUUAAAAACUUUUUAGCCCCGAGGUUCUCGAAAUCAUUUUGAAUGAACCAUAAAUUUGCAAGAAAUGGCAUAAAAUUUUCAAUGAAAUUUUUGGGUUUAAGUUACAUGACCGUUUUGCGUUUUCCUUGGUCUGUUUGAAUGAAUCGCGUUUUUUCUGGUCUAGUUAGAAAAAUCCUCUUUCCCUCUUCAAGUUGGGGUGUCAAAACUGUCAAUGAUCGUUUAAAAUAGCUGAUGUCAGACGUUAUGCAAGAGAUGUGGGUUUGAGCAGUAGAGAUGUGAUACCUUGAAAGUGAUCGAUGCACUCAAUAAGCAUUUUAAGAUAAGGUUGAAGAAAAUUUACUUGCUUAUCUGCAGUUUUAUAAACUGCAUUUACUGAGAAUAUCGGUCAGUGCGUUUAUGGAAAGCAUAAGAUACACUUAGAAUAGCACGGUGCGGUUAGGUCUGUAAUCUUCGUGAUGGGAGUUAUAGAAAAGCAAAGUGAACCUUGGUGAUUGUUUUCUUGCAGGAGCCUAUUGACACAAUGACCCGGGCUCUGGUACUCGCCAUUGGCGUCUGUUAUCACGCCAAGCUGCAGGAGAAGCGUCAAGAUUACCGAAAGGUGGUGGCACAGAGCUUCAAAGCUCCGUGUGUACUUCCUGGCGGAGAGAAACAAAUUCUUCGUGAAAUAACAAGGUCUUUAUUUUCCUAAUCAAUAGGACCCUUGGGCCUUUAUCGAAUCGGCCAGAACAGUUUGAUAUCAUUUGAAGGUGGAGAAACAAGUGCAAAUGAGUCAAUGAUCCAGGAAAAAAUCACUCGCUUCGAAUCACUCGCUUUCGUCGCUAGUAACUGCUUUGAUGAAUACACGCAGUGAUUAUAGUGACAAACCUAAACUUAAUUAAAUUCUACCUAUUUCGAGCCUAUUCUUAACCCUAUUUACUAUAUGGUUAGUGCUUAACCCUUUUGCCAUUUAACCACUUUGGCCAUUGUCCAACCCUAAUCGCUUUUGUCUGCGCUGAACCAUAAUCACCGUGGUCAAUGCUUAAGCCUUAUUAUCAUUUCCAGUGCUUUACCCUGACCCUUGUUCAGCCCUUGUCACUAUUGUCAGUAGUUAACCUUUAUCACUAUUUUCAGUUCUUUACCUUGAACUGACUUAUAACUUGGCUGGUAAUUCAUUGACUGAUAAGACUCUUCAAACUCAUCAAAGAAGCUUUCUCUUGAAAGUGACUACUAGGUUUUUAAAUGGAUCCAAUAAUGUUGAAUGACAUUAGACUGAAUUCUAACAUCCAUUUAAACAGAACAUCAUGGUAAAGGAAACUCUUUAAGAAAGCCUGCAGAAAAAUUAUCGAUUUUCUUUAAUUAUCCAAUAACGUUCAAGCUAGUUUAAGCUAUUCUACCAUUUUUGGACGAAGGAACAUGUUGAUGUUUUGUUUAAAUACUGCCGACUUUCUCCAACAUGCUACUGAUCGGGAUAUUGGCGUGAAUAUAAGUAAUUAUCCUUUUUUUAGCUGUCAGCGAGCUGUGCUUAACGAGUUGGAACUCGGCCCUAACAUCGCACGCAAUGCAGCUCUAAGCGAGAAUGUGUUCAUGAUGGUAGUGUGCAUUGAACUCAGGAUUCCGCUGUUUGUAGUUGGAAAACCAGGCAGCUCCAAAUCUUUAGCCAAGACUGUUGUGGCUGAUAACAUGCAAGGCGAUGCCGCCAGAUCGAAGCUGUUCAAGAAUUUUAAGCAGGUGAAAACACAAGCACAUUUUGACAUUCGCACUGAAGCCAUAACUAAUAUUCACGCGUCUGUUAGAUUUUAACCGUUCUAAAGGAGCAAAAAUUGCCACCAAAUAGUCUUAAUGCUCAAAAGGAAUGCAUGUCCAAACCUGAAAGCAGUGAUUUUUGCUCCGUGCUGUGUACUCUGUUAAGCCUGUUAACUCAUAGUAGAUGGUAUUCGAUGCUACUCCUGACAGCAGGUUUUUUUCGUGGUGUAGUUGGCAAAUUUAAAAAAGGCAAAUGCUUUUAUUCGCAGGUCCACAUGGCCUCCUUUCAGUGCAGUCCUCUUUCAACUCCUGAGGGAAUCGUGGCGACCUUUCGCCAAUGUAGCAAGUUACAGGAAGGCAAAAACCUAGAGAGUUUCGUCUCAGUCGUUGUCCUUGAUGAAGUUGGUUUGGCAGAGGACUCUCCUUUAAUGCCUCUGAAAACACUUCAUCCACUGCUGGAGGAUGGCGUAACCUCUUCUGAUAACGUAAUCGAGACGGAUGAAAAACCACAGCGAGUGGCGUUUAUUGGGAUCUCGAACUGGGCCCUGGACCCCGCCAAGAUGAACCGCGGUAUUAUGUUGUCGCGUGGAGUGCCAGACGUUAAAGAGCUGGUAGACAGUGCCUUGUAAGUCAUUUUAGAUUUUCUACCACAAAACUCUAUUAUAUGAUCGCACCUGCCUGUACUCCUCUCGAGAAGUACCAAUAUUAUCAUGAAAAUAGUUAAAGAAGAGGAUGAAUAAGUUUUCCUCUUUGUUCCUUCUUGAAUGCCAAGUCCUUCAACCCCACUCUUAGUCUUUAUCGCUCAAACCUAUUGUUUGAUAUUUGCAGGGGAAUUUGUUCCACAGAUGCACAGGUUAAACUUGCUAUUCAAAUCCUGAUAUCUCCUCUGGCAGAAGGAUAUGCAGAACUUUACAGAGAACAGAAAAAUUUUCCAACGCUACAAAAAUGUGGCAAAGAAGAAUUUUUUGGACUUCGUGACUUUUACAGGUGAGCAGUGGUCAGGCACUAGCUUGUGUAAAUCUCGCGACUGUUGCUGUGCGUAUUUAUUAUUAUUUUUUUGUAUUAUGUCGUAGUCUGAUCAAAAUGGUGUAUGCAAUUGCUGCCAAAUCCGGGCAAAGACCAAUGUGGAGUCAACUUGAACACGCUAUUAGGAGGAACUUUGGUGGGCUGGUUAAAGGCGAGCCAGUGGAAAUAUUCAAACGACACUUUCAGGUCAAAGAUGUAAGUAUAAAAAAAACUGGAACGGAGGAAAGUACUUUUGUGAAAGAUACUUAGUCCUGGGAUCAAACUGAGCGAAACCCACCGGUGUCGACCAUGAGAUGCAUCUGUAACAUCACAAGAAAAAUAUCUUAUCAUCGAGAAAGAAAUCCACAUCCAUUCUUCCACUCUAGCAUACGUUUAACGUACUGGUAUCGGUAUUUGACGUGUUCUUUGGUUUAAAAUUAUCUAUUUUUAUAGCCAUCACUCGACGUUUGGGUUUCAAUUGACGUUUUGUUUUAACAACUUCAUUGGUCUAAAUCUCUCUAAAUAAAACAAUUCUUAGACCAAAAGGUAAGGUGCAAACGAGACCUUAACGGGGGCACCCAACGACAAUUUUCGGAAAAAUAUCUGUUCGGAAGACGAUUUGAGAUCUAGAAUUUUCGGAACAUUUGUUGUAAAAUUUGCUUGCCUGCCUCUCCUAGCAUUUUCGGACAUGGUAUAAUUGCCUAUUUUUAACGGAUUUUUACCCCAAAAAGGUCACCUAUAAUUUUCGGGAGCCUUUUUUCUGGCUAAAAUUUUCGAAAAGGUAAGUUUUGAUCCCUACAAUUUUCGUAUCACUUGACUUUCAGCUAGGAAAUCCGAACAGAUGAAAAAUUUUUAGGGGAUAAAAGUAUGCCUAUAUCUACCGUUUAAAUACUAAAAUACGUUUAACAAUUCUUUGUUUAAGUGGUUUUGAACUAUAUUCUCGUUGGGUGCCCCUGCCUUAAGUCCAGUACAGGGCACCUCCCAACUAAAUAAUUAAAAACCACCCUUAAAAAAUCGUAAGUUAUGCUGAAUGAACUUUUUUGCCAACCACAAUUACCUAAACAAAUGCCUUCUUACGUCGGUGACUGGUUGCUUAGACCUGGCUUUUUCAGUAUGAUACUCGUGAUUAUUUCCCUUCUCUGCUUGUGUAUCAGGAAGAAGAAAACAGAGAGGCACCUACAGCGCUUCGGCUAAUCGAGGCAAGUCUUCAUAGAGAGGAUGUUGCGGACCAAACAAAUUUCAGGUAAUCAUUCCAUGCCCCCUCUCCUUUAGGACCAUGGUCGAGUCCCUUGUUCUGUAAAAAACCUUUCUCAAACUCAGAAGUUAGAGGACCAGGUUGUUUCCAAUACAUCAAAACCCGUUACUUAUUACAGAACGUUAGGUACGAAAAACAGGGCCACUCGCCGUAACUCUGUAGAGAGAAACCAUGUUUUAAGCGAGAUCUAGCACCUUUCAUCUAUGAAACAUAUAAUUAACAAUUAUUCCAUGAGCGCGCGUUGGAUAUGAGUUGGCUAUAACUAUCUCAUAUCCAACAAGCGCGAAUGGAAUAAUUGUUUUAUUAUUUUUUUAAAUUAACUCCAAACGUCUAAUUAUUACAACUAAAUUUUAGUAAAUUUCAUUUUAAAUAUUACAAAACGACCGGAUAUUAAUGUAACUUCCGGUAAACCAAGGGAAAAUCACAUGAAUUGUACGCCGUUUGCGAACUUACUUGAAUGAAUAAUCUGAAAGAGAAGGACGCUAUGCUUAAAUUUUUCUUGACAUGUACUGUUUUCGCUUUCCCUCGCUGUGACUGUGGAAUUUGACGCUGGAUAGGUCGACCUGGUUGCUUCUCAAUUUCGUUUUCUUCCUUCACUGAAUCAGAGCUGCUCAAAGACCCAGCUUCAUUAAUCAAUUUGUUGUUGUUUUGGUUGUUCAAUGGAAGGAUUCACUUGAGGCCCGUUAUAGUUCGGUUAUGGACAUGCGAAAGUGUUAAGAGGUGUAAAACCUCUUCAAACACCCAAAAAACCUGCGAAUGGUUUUGAAAACUUUCUCCUUCACGGACUUGCAAGCCAUUCUGAAAAUUUUUAAGGUAAACUUUGUUGUUGUUGUUACGCAAUCAGCUCGACGUACGGAAGAAGUAAGCUUUUAAUUUCUUUGAAUUUGUAAGGAAACUUCGGAGUACCAUUAAAUAAUAUCAAACCAAAGUAUGUGACUUUUUUGCCGCUGCCGGUAUGGCAUUUUAGGUGUUUUUCUGUUGUUUCGUCGGUAGAAAGCUCGCGAAAUCUACUUUUCUUUCGCCGCUUUGUCCGAGAGAAAUUUUGUUGUUUUCCAUAUAAGGUCAAAUUAAGGUAUAUGAGCUGAUAACCGAGACUGCGUGAGCAAUCAGAAUGCCAGAAAUGCAUUAUCCGCGGUUCAAAAUUUAAUAAUAACUUUUACUAUAUCGUACUUUUAUAAUUGUUAUUAGCGAAAACCGUUACCUGUUGAUCCUGACUGAAAAUUAUGCCGCGCUAAGAAUCAUCCAGCAGCAUCUAUUGAAGACUUCAGAAGACGCAGUGGUGAUCUUUGGGAGUAGCUUUCCAAACGACCAGGAGUAUACUCAGGUAAAAUGAGCAACUGGCACUUAGUUCCAUGCAGCUAUACCCCGGCCGUUUGUUAGAUUGUGUUGUAUAAUCUGAUCGUGAGUUGAUCAGACGAUUUGACCAUCUUAACAAAAUUGAAGAUUUUUCUUUACGUUCAGUACUGUACAGUACCGCAAAUGAUCCCCAAAAUGGACCGCAAAUGAUCCUCGACCGCAAGUGAUCCCCAAAGUCGACCGCAAAUGAUCCCGAAAGAAGAAUAGGAAUGGCUUAGACUCGAGUUAGCGGAUCAUCGUGUCGACUUUAUUAUUAUUACAAAAAGUAUGAUAAACGCUAAAUUUUAGUUCUUAAAUAAAUACAUGAAUAAAAACUAAAUGAAAAAAAAUCAUUCAAGUGUAAAAACGAAGUCGGUAGGCAACCGACGACUUUUACCUCAUGCCAAAAUGCUGCUUGUUCCAAUGAAUUUUUCUUUGGCGGGUAGAUUAUACCUCUGAGGGAAAACGUUUUGUCUGAGCAAAUGUGAUUUUUGCCGCUUAUUUCAUCCUGAGAGGUCAUGACACGCAUUUUCUGCGGUUAUUGUUUUUUCUGGUCGGCAUGAUUUGUCCUUUAUUGCAAGAGCAUUUCCUUUGACCUCUUUUUAAAUGCAAUGCUCUUCAUUGCUGCUAAAUAAGGGUUUUAGGUUGUUAAAUUUUCUUUAAAGUGCGUCAUGGAUCCGAAUAAUUAUAAGCGACUUUCUUUUAGUCUGUGAAUGUGACGGUUCCUACGAUGUUUUGUCACGCGAUAACUACCGCUUGCCUCGCUUUUGCGUUUUUCAUUACCAGGUUUAUAUUCCUUGUAACUGUCUCCAGCAAAGGCACAACAAAUGGAUAUACAUAUAAGCGUCAAUAGAACUAUUCGCAACAUGUUCAUGAGCUGUAAGCAAGUUGCUUUUUCGAAAUAAACCGAAACCUUUGGACAUUGAUAAGUUCGGGGGCAUUUUGACGUGUGUUUAUUUCAAAUCAUGUCUUGUUUCGUAAUGGGCACUCCCAGGCCUGGGGCACUCCUAAGUUACGAACCAAUGUCUUACUGUUUAUCACCUAAAAUUAACACUUCAGAGGAAAAUCAAAACUAAAUAUUCUGAAAAUUAAUUCGACACUUCUAAAAAGAUCAGUAAAGUCAAUAAAGCUCUUGUUGUGUAGAGGGUGCCCGGCUUUGUAUUCCUCAGUAGACAAGUUGAGCUUGGGCGUUAAAAUAAUAGAGUUUUUUCUGCGUAACGUCCUGCCUGUGUUAAAUUUUCAGCGACGAAACAGUUCUUGAAAGAAAAUUGAAGCAAUUGACAAAGGAAGAAGUAUACGGUUGAUAACAUAUCCUUUUCAAAUUUACUCUACUUUUUUUUUUCGCCUUGUAUGAAUUGACCUGAGAUGUAGCGUCCUCCUUCCCUUUUUCUUUAGAAGGCGCUAGAAAAAGGUUCCUUUUUUAUAAUCAGUCCUUUUUUGUAAUCAGUCCCAUAAAAUCCAUUCCAUUCGUCAAGUUUUCACGGGAUCAUUUGCGGUCAACUUUGGGGAUCACUUGCGGUCGAGGAUCAUUUGCGGUCAAUUUUGGGGAUCAUUUGCGGUCUCGGGAUCAUUUGCGGUACUGUACAGUACUUUUUAACCCUUGACCCCCAUUUUUUCGUUUGAGCAAGCAGCAAACGCAGGGCACAACCACCUAUAACCUUUUUUACGUUGACCGACUUUCUAUAUCGAGUCCACUGUGCCAAAAAUUGCUUUUGACAGUCAGAGAGAAUUGCUUGUAGGAACUUUUCCAAAUGCACCAGCAGUUUGUUCAGUUACAGAAUUAUUAAAUUCUUAACGGAAUCUCCAUUGAUUACAUUCUUCGUUCAGAUUUGUCGCAACAUCAACCGGAUCAAAGUUUGCAUGGAGACUGGCCGUACCGUGAUUUUGUUGAAUUUGGAAAGUCUCUAUGAAAGUUUGUAUGAUGCUCUGAAUCAGGUGAGGAUUUUAAUUUCAUUCAGGUUGUUUUUCCCUUGCUCUGGCUACGAUUGUUUUGAACCCUUCUUGAGGUCAGCUAUAAGCCAGGCAGUGCACGAUUUCAUUUCCCUUUACAGAAACGGUUACGAGCCCUGCUAAAUACAGUCACGUUUUUGGUAUUCACUGGUAAUUUGUUAGCUCAUCCAACUUGAAGAUUUAGUUUCAUCUUUACGAGAGGGAGACAGUUAAAGGUCUUCUGAUACGCAUAUUUGUGUAUUUAUGUAUUUAUUUAUUAAUUUCCUUAUUUCUUUUUGUUUUAUUUUGCUGUGAUGGAGGACAGAAGUAUGUUGAUCUAGGGCUUGGUACUCACCGCGUCAAAUGCCGUGUUCAUGAUGAGUUUAGGUAAGAUACUAGAAAUACGUUAUAGCAACAUCCUCGCGAAGCUUUAAAGGAUCAGCAGUGAGAAAAAAGGCAAACAAGCUAAAGGGGAAAAAUGAUAAAAAAUGUAAUAACUUUAAACAUAUGGCUUCGACCGGAUUUGAACCCUCUCUUUUCGAAUCUCCCAUAUGUGAAAUGGCUCCUUGUCCAGUGCGCUACGCAGCCAUUGCAUAAUUGUUUCGUUAAAAUUAUUAUACCUAAAGCAUAUUUGCCUACAGUUGGAAAAAUAGCUUAAAGACAUACGUAAAAGGCCUUUUGCAUCAUUUCGGUCUUAAUUCACUCUCGGGUUCAACGGCGGAUGGAUGUACGGAGCUGAAACCAGUCUUUGAUUUGAUCAAUCAGUAAAAUCGAUCGGCGUGGACAGAACCAAUUCGUAGUUGGUAUGCCUUGGUGUACAAAGGUACAGAUUUUAGGGAAAAGCAAAGUUUUGACGGUAAAAAGCCGAUUAAAAAGUGAAACGCACUUUUGAAUAAAACAUGACAGUGCAUAGCAUUUGCAUUCGCACUUGAAGUAGCGUUGCCUGGCAACCCUAAAAUGCACUCUGACGGCAAAACUGGAUGACGUCAAUUGCGGACACCCAAGAGAUCUAUAUUCGCAACUGGAGUUUCUGCCUCGCUGUGCAAUCAACGCGUGCGACAAAUUUGUAAACCUCCUAAGGCGACGCGCCUUUUGCUUCGCUCGGAACACUAAAUAUAUUCAAAUUUGUUUCGGCUAUUCUUGUUACGCAUUGUGUCAUCGGUAUUGAUUAUCAGCAAGGUUACGGUUUUGAACGAAGCAAGUAUUUUAGGAACGAAACUUGCCUUUUUGCAUGGGAAGUAGAGCUUCAUUUUGCAGUUAGCUUAGUGGCCUGUGAAUUUGCUCUAAAACUUCAACUCAUUGUGUGUCUGACUUUUCCUUUAUUAGUAACAUCACCCAGAGAGGUUUGCAUUCACCUGGUUUCUGUCGAGGUGGAGAAUUUAAGUCGCGGGCCUUUUUCUAGUACAAUUUUUUAAAAUCUUGGUUAAUCAAAGCUGUUGCUUAGCUGGUCUUAAAAGUUGAUGGAUGCGGCCGUAAGGUUUUUUUCCGACCUUCAGCUACUCUUCUAAUACACUUUUUCGCUGCUUCUAUUUUUUAUUAAUUCAAUUGUCAACUCGUCCUCUUUCUUUUGAAGGCUGAUUGUUAUUGCUGAAAAAGACGUUGUUUACAACAAUUUUCCCAUUCCGCUGAUAAACCGUCUGGAGAAACACUUUCUUGUUACGUCAACCAGUCUAACGCCGGAGCAGAUAGAGUUGGUGGAGAAAUUGCGCAUCUGGGCCAAUGACUUUGCUGAAGUUUCGGGGCCGACUAAGCGUAGGAGGUGAGAAGAUCGUGUACCUUGGUACCCCCACAUUGGUAAUUAUAUGGCGCACAACCCAUUUUCUUGCAGCAACAUUGCCACAAAUUGACAGUAUCAUGUUAGGCGUUAUUGUGAAGUAGCUUGCUAUCCACUUUGAUCCAUUUUCAGAAUUAAAUUCCACCCAACACUCCAAAAGUAAUUGCAAUACUAUUUUCCUUACAUAAAUUUGCAGGAUUCUAAAUUUCACUAUGAUAAAACCAUGUCAAGUCUGAUUCUUCCUCACUUUCAGGCGUUCAUCAUUAAAUUUUAAGCGAUAUUAUAUUUCGACUAGUGUGAUUGCCCUCUAAAAAGCAAUGCCAGGGGGUCGUCGGGUGUUAAAGGUGACGUCAAUAUCUAGGGCGUACACUACAAGAUUAGGCAUUGACUUUCUUUCAUCCUGUGAUGUAGGGAUUUCACCAUUGGAGAUGCCUUUGUUGGAUAUCACGAGGACACCAUUCCUUCCAUAGUGAUGCAAGUUUGUAAUGAUCUUGCAGACGAGGAUAGCCCUUCACAAGAAGAAGCCGAGGAUCCAUGGGAAGUUAAGGUAAGAUUGCACACUGUGUUCGGGAGCUUUGGAGGCAAAUCUGAUAGCUCUGUUGUUUCACGUUUAUCGCAAGUUUUCAGUCGAUGGGAGCGCGUCGCGUCUAAGACUCAACUGGAUUCUUGCAUUUUUACUCGUAUUGGUGGCCUCCAUUGCUGUUGUAAAGCUUAAGGGUAAAUGUGGAACACUUCCCUAUGUUACGGUGACUUGUUGAGUGAUUUGAUACAUGACGGUCCAUAUAAUUAAGGUGCCUGAAAGAAGGGGAACGUAAAAUCGUUUAGGGUCGAGCCUGAAUUCAUUGAAGCGCAGUCUGUUGAGUAAAAUGGUCGGUUCAGUUGAUUUUGAUUAUUAUUUUUUGAAGGUGGCACGAAGAUGUAAGAAUAUGCUUCUUCAGAUGGCUACACCAGAUGCAAUUGCGCGUCUCCCUGCAUCUGGCUUGAAAGGAGAAGCUACUGAAAUGUGGCAAACGUAUUUUUACGAGCAGCAGCAUUCGAGUCUAGCAGCCUUUAUGCAUCAUGUUCUCACUCUCGAGGAAAAGCGAGAAAAAGGACUCUUUAUUCAAGUAAGAAUCAUGCAAUAAGUCCUAGUAGAUUUCAAGAUGCCUUUUGGACUCAUCUUAAUUUUUCAAUGCCCUGUUUUGGCUUAGGUUACUACUCAUUCGCGACUUCUGUCAAACCAUGACCUGGAUGAUUUAUGUAGCACAACGGGUCUUCGUCGUUCAACUGUGGAUGUUAUGACACUCCAGCAAUUUCAGACUGAACAACAAUUCCGAUCUUUAGUUAGGUAAGAUUCCCUCCCGCCUAUUUCCAGCGUUUCAGUUAAAGCAGUCGAAGCAUUAACGAAGUUAGAGCAAUACAACUGAUUUUUGCUGUAUAUGAAUGACAAAAAAAUGUUGUUUUAACAGUGUUUGCCUUGCUUCUUUACAGAACAUUUUUUGAACACCUUGGCGGAGAUUGCUCGGGUAUUCUGGUAGUGCAGUGUGAUUCAGGAGACGACAAUUUUAAUCUGAUAGCGGGUGCACGGCAUAUUCUAAUGGAAGAAAGCAAGAACGCACCCGAGCUACUUAACCUGCCCACUGUCGCAGCAGUUCAUAUUGUCUUGGUGAUUCAACUGCCCAGAAUUGCCGGUGGAUGCCGCAAUUUUGUCGGUUUCCAAGGUGGAAACUGGAUUUCUACCCAUAUUGAUGAGCUUCGUCCACCCGAAAGGUACACUCCAUCAAUCGAGGAUCUCAUCGACAGACCAAUCAGCAAAUUGUUUGGAGGUGAAAAUGCAGGACCGCUAAACCAACAUGAUGCUACUCGACUGUUAGCUGUGAAGUUCUUGCGAAAUUGCGUCCAAGCAGCAGCUUGUAGAAUCGACGACGAAGGUGGAUCGACUGACCGAUCAACUGAAAGGAUCGAGUUGCUUUUACAUUUGCUUCCUGAGGACUUUGACGGUCGUGAAGGUCAGUUAAACAGUUGAAGGGACAGAUCUGUUUGGUGCUGCAGAUUUUGUGAUGUCUCUUAGUCCAAACGUAUUUUACUUGGAAAAAAACGUGAUCUCGGGAUUACUUCUUAUUUUUUGAUAUGUAGCCGGAUUCCCCACCAAAUGUGACAUACCAUAAACCGGGAAUCUCUGGUUAACCUUUUGUUUGUCAAUAUUUGUAUCAUUUGCCUAAAUUAUAUAUAAGUUAAGCGGGUUAGAGCCACAGUAGGGCAGUAGCUAAGUUGACCCGAAAAACUUCCCUAAAAGAGUGUGGCUAACGCAAGAAAUUCUUGCCCUUUUUCGUGCCUUACGUAAGCCAGUGGUGAUUAAAAACGUAGAAUUAUUAAGACGAUAAAUCAAAGCAAUUUGAGUGUUUUUAGAAGAUGGAGAAAAAAAAUCAUGGUGUCAUUCACGAAUACUUAUUAAUAUGGGCAAUAUAUUUUAGACGCACGAGUACUGAGUAUAUCAUCAGAUUGCUUUUGAUAUGUAUCGUCAUUAUUUUCCUUUUUUACAGAAAGGUGUACAUUUGCCAGCGUCCUCGUGCAAAGAACGUUCUAUCUUCUUGAGGAAAGAGAAAGCACUGCUUACAAUACUCACGGGUGGCUUCACUCCGAAGCUCUGUCAGGAACAGGUGUACAAGAGUGGGGUACCUUCAGAAAGGCUCUUUUGAAAAGAAUCUACUCAGCGGUUGUUCCCAUCCUUGCUGAGAUCAUUGCAUUUGCAGACAGAGACAGAAAUUUGGACUUAAUGAAGGGCGGCAAUAUUUGGGUUUCUACGCUGUGGCUGAAGAUCAUGGUAGACCCUAAAAUUUCAGAGCUUAGUUAUAGCAAGAUGAUCUCGCCUGUUACAAAUUCAGUUCGAGAACGUGUGCAGGUCAUCGGAUCUGGUGCCGGAGGCCACAGUUUUCAGUGCCUAUUUCCUUUUUCAUUUAUUGUGAACCAGCGCGUCGACAAAAUGUUAAAGGACGCUUUUAGCGUUACAGGUAAUUCCCAACUUUGCACCCUACGAGCGAUAAAUUAUUCAAGUGUCCCUUUGAUAGCUUUUCCUCGCUUAACAAAAAAUGUUCCAUUACAGUUAAUUGUCUUUAAAAUUGUCUUUAAUCUUAUUCAUAGCACUGCAAUGCAUGAGUUAUUUGUUUCUCACUGCCGGGAUUUACGUUAUCACUAUACACGGGAGCUUCUGGAAUUGAACCUUGCUAUUGAUUUCACUAACAAAUAUACUCUCAGCCCAAGAAUUGCGUAGAUGUUUCGCCAUAGCAUCAGCGCGAUUUCACUCUCGUGUUUCAGCCCAGUCUAGUGCUACUUUGGUGGAAGCUUUACGAGAUCUGAUCGACAGCUCAGAAUUGGGACCUCUUCUCCGUGAACUACCCCGCGAACACUUGCCAUCAUUGCAAUACCUGACAGAUUUUGUCCACAUGGUAUACAAGUCCUCAAGCGAAAGUGAACACCAGGUUUCCUCCUUAUUCUUAUUUCUGUUGUUAAAAAUGUGAUUACUUUUAGAAACAGUCCCCAGCGCGGAAGGCAUGAAGAAUAGCAGGUUUUCAUCAAGAAUCGAAGCUGGCUAUACACUUUGUUGGGUUGUCUAUGUUUUGUAGUUAUGAAUCCAUGAAGCAUUUACCAAUUAUGGUGGUCACCGACUUGUCUCAAGAAAGUUAUAAAUCUGUUUUUGUUUAUUUAUUUAUUUAUUAUUUUUCAAGUUAUCUGCUAGGAACGAGGUCUUAGUAGGUGCGUUUGAUAUAGAGCCAUGGUCAGUGAUACCUGUUCUUUAUUAUUUCAGCUUGUCUGUGAAGCUAUUCUCUCUUCAGCAAGAGAACUUGGUGUUGAGGAAGAUGAAAUGAUUGACAUAGCACUUGUUCAUGUGGCAUAUAGCAGAAUCCAGUCUCGACUGAGAUGCUUUUCAAAACUUGUUCAAGCCAAACCCGAGGUUGUCGAAAAGCUUAAAGAAGUAUUCCGGGGGAAACAAGCUGAAGUUGUAAGUUGAUUAGUUCGACUUUCUAUAAGACCUUUGCUUUCCGUUGCCGAGUUGGGUGACGAGGACGUUAAAAACAAUUUAUUGUGUAAGCAAAAUAACAGCUCUGAACGUGAAUCACAUUUUUUGAUUUGUUUCUUUGCCUUCCGCGGUUCCACUACGAUGUGAAACGUCCUAAUCGAACGUUGUAUAAGAUCAGUAUGGACACUGGUAUUCCUUUGUGUAGCCAUGAUGAAUCAUGAGUUUUGGAUUGACAUGUUCAAAAUUCAUCUUGGCCGUGGCCGAAGGUGAUAAUAAGCACCACGCUUACGUCAAACGCAAAACGCGAAUUUGUACCACGUGACCAAGUUUCCCCUUUAGUUGUCGUUUGCUAUUCAUUAUUUCUACAAAUAAAUUAGUAGUUUCACGGGAUUCUUUUUUUCCAUAAGAUUUGUUUUGGGCUGUUUUCUAUUUUAAGAAAUUGUCAACUUGAAUUUGCCGUUUGCCGUUUGCCGUUUGCCGUAUACGUGAAGCUUAAAAUCUUUAAUUAUGGGAUAUUAGGGAACUUAAGAUCCAGACGUUUUCGGGAAGACGGCGACCAGACUAGCAGAGCAAGGCCUGAAACAGAGGUAGCCGUCGCUUCCCUCCAAAAUGCGAACAUUAAGAUCGCAGUAAACUCAGGAGGACGGCGCCUUAGAAGACUAUCGAGGAGGAAAAUGUGGCUUCACAUAAAGAAUUAAGAGAAUUAAUGCUUAUUUGCUUGCGUGCAACAACAAUAACAACGACAACAACAACUUUAUUUCAGUAUUCCCACGUUAGUACGUGGUAUUACCUACUAUUCUGAAAAAUUUUCAAUACAUAUGUUUCAUUUAUACGAUACUCUAACGAAAAAAGUGAGCUAAAAAUACACACUUAAAAUAUCGGAGUUCAUACUUUUGUCUGGAUACUUACUCACUUCGCUCGUAGGACAAUUUUGUCCAUGUAAAGCUCACUUACGGUUUGCUCUUUGCCAUAUUGGAUCAGACUGGAUCUUGACUCAGACGUGAAACAUAGAAACAUUAUAAAGAUGUAAGUUUAGAUAACAGAGCUUGGAAAUCGAGCUUGAAAUGUGACUCAAAGAAAACAAGGACAAUUUAAGAGCAAUAAACUGCAAAAUUCUGGUUGCUAAACGCAACAAACCUGAUUGAAAUGAAAGUUAAAUACCCAUGUUCUCGUCACAACUCCAAACAGACCAGUUUCACGUCGCCGACGGGAGCACGACGACAAUGUGGUGAGCAAGAGCAUGGGCGAUAUUGCACAAAUCAUGACGUCACGUCCGGUUGAAGUUCCCGUCGCCCCGAAAACGUCUCCAUCUUAAAUUCCCUAUUACUAAGAAGGGAACGGGAAACGGGAAACGAGCACGGAAAAUAAAAACAACAACAACAACAAAAAAAAAAGACGGAAAAAAUUUAACUUUAACCCUAAUCCUAUCAGCUACUUCAUUGCCAAAUUUUGUUUUGUUCUUUUUGUUGAUUUUCCCCUUUCCCGUUCCACGUUUUAGUAACAUUCCGUCUUACGGAAUACGUGAAUACACGUCAACGAAAUUUCUUUGGUACCUUUUGAACUUUUGAAGAAUUCAACCCUAGGAAAAUUCGCUUACAUUUGGAAAACUGAUCGCGCAUUAGCACAAAUAGACCUUUCCCGCAUUACGCUCCAGUGAGCAAACAUAAAGAAAUGAGGACGACGGGUGGACAAUUUCAUACAAAUCACUGUAUUUUGUCCACCCGAACCUCGAGUUGGUGCUUUUGUUUACAGGAAUACAGGAAAGGUCUAUUCACUUGUCGCAACUGUCAUCGUCGCGGUUGCAACAGCUUCGCACCCCGCAAGAAAAGUACACGCCUGUUAAACGCUAUAACAAGGGUUUUGAUAGUUAUUGUUUAUUAAAUUCAAAAAAGUUGGUUAAGUUCCGCAAAAUGUUUAAGACACCUUAGACUUAAAGUAUUAGCUUGCAACACUGCGUUUUGUUGUAUUAGCUGCUCGACGUCGUCACCUUGCAAGUUUGCCUGGAGGAACUGACUUUAUACGAGGACGUGUUAUCAGGCCAGGAAUCUCGAGGUAACUGGUGUGACAGAGUGCUGUCAAUCAGACCAGCAGUUGAAGAAAUGAUGAGAAAAGAUAAAUUUGGAGCCUUUACAGAAGAAAAUUCAAGCUACGGAAAGAGAGCCACUAUGUUACUUAACUACUGCAGGUAA